AGGAGUGGGUUCUUUGUGGGACAGGGCCCUAAAUCCCCCCCCCGUCUCAUCUCUUUCCCCUGCGGAACACUCUCCCCCUCCCUGACUUCCUGUGCUAGUCCUGUGCUAGUCAGGGGAGAGAGGAGGAGAGGAGGGGAGGAGGAGAGGGGAGAGCUCUCUCUCUCUCUCUCUCUCUAAGCAGGACAUCUCCUCCACCCUUCCUCCACAUCCUCCUGUCAGCCUCCAUCCACCGUACUUGUCAACCUUCAAAUGUCACCGACACAUGAAGCACUAACCUGUCCUGGACCUUCACUCAUUGGCACAUGUUGUUAGAAAGCUCACAUUUGUUGAGUUUUUUGUAUCUAAUUUUGUAUCCAACUUAAAAGUGAACAGUUAGUCUGUGAGAGUUUUUGUUGUUGUUGCUGAUUUAGAGGUCCAACACAGAAAACGUUAGUAAGCAGCGAUUCUUACAGAAAAUACUGCUGUUAAAUAUCUGAACUAAACCGCAACAACCCACAGACACCCAGCACUGCAGUGGAGAUUUCUGCUUCACAAAGGAAAAAAAUCUGCUUUCACACUAUUUCUGAAAAGAACCUAAGAAACUCAAUCAGAUCCACUUUAGCCCGACAUCCGCAUAGCGGUUCUUUUGGUGGUGUCGGAGGUGCAACUGCGCUUAGAGCGGUCAAAUCCACAAGCAUCUCUGUGCAUUAAGGCCGGUUAAGGCUAUCAUGGACACUUCCAUUGGACGCAACGAAACCACACCCGACUAUAAUCCAACAGAUCCCAUGCAGCCGUGUUACAAGUUCAUGCAGCCGCUUUACAAGUUCAAACACUCAAAUUAGACUGAUAGGCUACGAUCCCCCCAUCCAAAUUAACAGGAAAACAUGCAUCAGCCUAACAUCAAUGGUUUGACAUUUGAGAGUCAUUAUUUCUAACAUGGAUAGAGCCUACACUUCCUGGUACCCUUUUGAACUUCUAAUGCAGUAGGGAUAAUAAGGAUAGGAGUGGUUUGUGACACACAACAGCAGCCGCUCCCCGAUUUGUCAGCUCAUACCGCAGUUACACCUCCAACACCGUCAAAACAUCAGCUAUGCGGAUCCGGCCAACGCUGGUUAACGCUAGUUAACGCUCGAUCUGAUUGAAUCCAGGCCUAAAGGCUGCCACUCCUCUACAACAACAUCCACAAACCAACCAGCAUACAAAGACAGCUUCUAUUGUUUCAGAGAUCUAUAGUUACCCUUACCAUCUCACUCACACUCAGUGUAACACAAGGUCACAAAUAUGCACCUACAUUGCAUCUGUCUGUCUGUCAGUUAUUUGUAUGUCCUCUCCUCCCUUUUCCGGUAUGUCCUGGUCGGGUCCCUAAAGUCCCACUAUGGUUUCCUGCUCAUCCCUGUGUCUCAUCUCUGUGUCCAGACUGACACAAAAUCACCCCUCUGGCAGGUAUGCAGCUCAGUUUAGUCGAUCACAACAUACUGUUAAUGGACAGUGAGCUAGGCUGUAGUACCAGUUUCAAUAGAGGGAUGACAGUACAGUAACUGAGAGAAUGUUGUAUGAUAGCAAAUCUUGACUUACGAUGGUGAUGCGUUUGUAAGGUACUCUUAUCCGCUUAUCCCUUAUGCUGCAAAGGGAGAAGCACCUGUAAAAAAUAAAUAAAUCAUAUGGUUAUUUUAACACGGCAUAUUCACCUAUUUUUGUACAACUAAAUUCCUUUGUAAAAUACAUUUUCAAAUGAUUUCCAAAAGUAAGAUAAAGCAACAUACAUUCUUCUUGAAGUGCGUCUUGACACAGUGGCUAGUGUGAGAUAUAGGCUGGUCCGGUCUCUCCAGGUCUCAGGCUCCUUGUCUCCUCCCUGUCGACCCAUUGUGUUCUGCCUGUGAGAGCAGAGAGCUAAGAGGUCAGAGAGACAGUGGCGGGUCCCAGUCCCACGGGGCCAGAUAAAUGGAGGGAGAGGGUGGAGGGGUGGAGGGGAGUUGGUGCGCUCCUAUGCUGAGCCAGGGCGGUCCCUGGGUUGCCCCCCUCCUCCCUCUCUCUCUCUCUCCUUUUCUUUUAGCCCCCUUCUCUCUCCCUCUCGCUUUCUCUUUCCUUCCCCCUAUCCCUCUCUCUCUCUUUUGUACCCAGCCUUGCCAGUCUGUUCCUACCACUCUAGUGCCAAGGUCUAGAGAUAGGGAUGGAGAAUAGCAUGGUUGGUGAAUCGGAAGUUCCACCCUCUACAGGAAGACAUGCUGUGUAACCCUGGUCUGUCUACAUAGACCCCAGAGCUCUGGACUCUGGACACACAGACCUCCAGAGCUUUAGCCCGAGCACAGAGACCCCCAGAGUGCUAACCCUGAGCACAGAGACCCCCAGAGGGCUAACCCUGAGCACAGAGACCCCCAGAGCGCUAACCCUGAGCACAGAGACCCCCAGAGGGCUAACCCUAAGCACAGAGACCUCCAGAGCGCUAACCCUGAGCACAGAGACCCCCAGAGGGAUAACCCUGAGCACAGAGACCCCCAGAGCUCUAACUCCAAGCACAGAGACCCCCAGAAAGCUAACUCUAGACAGACAGACAGAGAACCCAGACUACACUGUUCAAGUUGUGUCUACAAUUUCCCAACUUGGUCCUCAACCCCCAGGUGUUGCACGUGUUAGAUACCAGCACUAGGCUAGUGAGGGAAGCAGCGUGAUGCUCAGUGGACUAGUUGAUACCAGCACUAGAAUGGUGAGGGAAGCAGCGUGAUGCUCAGUGGACUAGUUGAUACCAGCACUAGGCUAGUGAGGGAAGCAGCUUGAUGCUCAGUGGACUAGUUGAAUCAGGUACAGUGGGGAAAAAAAGUAUUUAGUCAGCCACCAAUUGUGCAAGUUCUCCCACUUAAAAAGAUGAGAGAGGCCUGUAAUUUUCAUCAUAGGUACACGUCAACUAUGACAGACAAAUUGAGAAAAAGAAAUCCUGAAAAUCACAUUGUAGGAUUUUUAAUGAAUUUAUUUGUAAAUUAUGGUGGAAAAUAAGUAUUUGGUCACCUACAAACAAGCAAGAUUUCUGGCUCUCACAGACCUGUAACUUCUUCUUUAAGAGGCUCCUCUGUCCUCCACUCGUUACCUGUAUUAAUGGCACCUGUUUGAACUUGUUAUCAGUAUAAAAGACACCUGUCCACAACCUCAAACAGUCACACUCCAAACUCCACUAUGGCCAAGACCAAAGAGCUGUCAAAGGACACCAGAAACAAAAUUGUAGACCUGCACCAGGCUGGGAAGACUGAAUCUGCAAUAGGUAAGCAGCUUGGUUUGAAGAAAUCAACUGUGGGAGCAAUUAUUAGGAAAUGGAAGACAUACAAGACCACUGAUAAUCUCCCUCGAUCUGGGGCUCCACGCAAGAUCUCACCCCGUGGGGUCAAAAUGAUCACAAGAACGGUGAGCAAAAAUCCCAGAUCCACACGGGGGGACCUAGUGAAUGACCUGCAGAGAGCUGGGACCAAAGUAACAAAGCCUACCAUCAGUAACACAUUACGCCGCCAGGGACUCAAAUCCUGCAGUGCCAGAUGUGUCCCCCUGCUUAAGCCAGUACAUGUCCAGGCCCGUCUGAAGUUUGCUAGAGUGUAUUUGGAUGAUCCAGAAGAGGAUUGGGAGAAUGUCAUAUGGUCAGAUGAAACCAAAAUAGAACUUUUUGGUAAAAACUCAACUCGUCGUGUUUGGAGGACAAAGAAUGCUGAGUUGCAUCCAAAGAACACCAUACCUACUGUGAAGCAUGGGGGUGGAAACAUCAUGCUUUGGGGCUGUUUUUCUGCAAAGGGACCAGGACGACUGAUCCGUGUAAAGGAAAGAAUGAAUGGGGCCAUGUAUCGUGAGAUUUUGAGUGAAAACCUCCUUCCAUCAGCAAGGGCAUUGAAGAUGAAACGUGGCUGGGUCUUUCAGCAUGACAAUGAUCCCAAACACACCGCCCGGGCAACGAAGGAGUGGCUUCGUAAGAAGUAUUUCAAGGUCCUGGAGUGGCCUAGCCAGUCUCCAGAUCUCAACCCCAUAGAAAAUCUUUGGAGGGAGUUGAAAGUCUGUGUUGCCCAGCGACAGCCCCAAAACAUCACUGCUCUAGAGGAGAUCUGCAUGGAGGAAUGGGCCAAAAUCAAUCAAUCAAUCAAUUUUAUUUUAUAUAGCCCUUCUUACAUCAGCUAAUAUCUCGAAGUGCUGUACAGAAACCCAGCCUAAAACCCCAAACAGCUAGUAAUGCAGGUGUAGAAGCACGGUGGCUAGGAAAAAACUCCCUAGAAAGGCAAAACCUAGGAAGAAACCUAGAGAGGAACCAGGCUAUGAGGGGUGGCCAGUCCUCUUCUGGCUGUGCCGGGUGGAGAUUAUAACAGAACCAUGCCAAGAUGUUCAAAAAUGUUCAUAAGUGACAAGCAUGGUCAAAUAAUAAUCAGGAAUAAAUCUCAGUUGGCUUUUCAUAGCCGAUCAUUAAGAGUUUAAAACAGCAGGUCUGGGACAGGUAGGGGUUCCAUAACCGCAGGCAGAACAGUUUAAACUGGAAUAGCAGCAAGGCCAGGCGGACUGGGGACAGCAAGGAGUCACCACGGCCGGUAGUCCCGACGUAUGGUCCUAGGGCUCAGGUCUCUCAGUUGGCUUUUCAUAGCCGAUCAUUAAGAGUUGAAAACAGCAGGUCUGGGACAGGUAGGGGUUUCGUAGCCGCAGGCAGAACAGUUGAAACUGGAAUAGCAGCAAGGCCAGGCGGACUGGGGACAGCAAGGUGUCAAAAUACCAGCAACAGUGUGUGAAAACCUUGUGAAGACUUACAGAAAACGUUUGACCUGUGUCAUUGCCAACAAAGGGUAUAUAACAAAGUAUUGAGAAACUUUUGUUAUUGACCAAAUACUUAUUUUCCACCAUAAUUUGCAAAUGAAUUCAUAAAAAAUCCUACAAUGUGAUUUUCUGGAUUUUUUUUCUUCUCAUUUUGUCUGUCAUAGUUGACGUGUACCUAUGAUGAAAAUUACAGGCCUCUCGCAUCUUUUUAAGUGGGAGAACUUGCACAAUUGGUGGCUGACUAAAUACUUUUUUUCCCCACUGUAUUACCAGGUGUGCUAGUGCUAUAAUUAUUUGUUCUAUUCACCCGUUGAAACCUGGUGAUUAUGUACAACAAUUGGAGGUCCCUAAGGACAGGGAUGGGAAACACUGGAAACACCGUCCACAUACAAUGCUAUGGUGGUCCAAUAACAAAACUGUCUGCAGCCAUUUCAUUAAAUAAGUGAUCAGGCUAAUGGGGCCCUGUGGCUGGGCAGACCAUCCCUUCUCACUCCAUGUUAUUUCAACUAGUCCUCCUGAAAUGGUGGGAAAGUAAACUCAUCAUGUCCCAUGUUAACCUCACACACUCAAUCACACACACACACACACACACACACACACACACACACACACACACACACACACACACACACACACACACACACACACACACACACACACACACACACACACACACACACACACACACACACACCUUUGCUUUAAUGGGAGUCAUAAAGCGCUUCCUCCUUGUCAUUCAGUCCGGUCCAGGCAGGGUUUGGCUGCUAAUGCUAGCAGCUCAGGAAAUCUCCUGUUCCUCUGCAAUAAGCCAUUUCCUGGUUCAAUCAGAGUCUGGUGACCUUGUGCACACAUCCACACCCUGACCUAUGAACCCUGAGGAGGGCUGGAGAGAGAUGGAUGAACCAAACUGUCUGUCUCUGUGAUGAUGGGGCAGAGAGCCCAACAUAGCAAGCUGGCUGUAUUAGUGUACUAGGUCAAAUACAUUUGUGCCUUAGUUCUAAUGAUAUUGUUUACAUUGUGAAGUACUUGACAUGUUGUCACUGCUGAGGAGCUGUUGAGGUGUAUUGCAUUACAAGUGAUCUGGGAUUACAAUUUGAUUACUUGUCGAUAAAACAUUCCAGGUAUUCUCUGGUGGUAGAAGAAGGGAGGAGAGAGGAGGAGGAGGGGAGAGGAGGGGAAAGGGGACUAGGAAAGGAGGAGGUGACCCCUCUCCUCUGGCCAUCCAGACUGAUGACUGAGACAGAGCACACAGAGCACAGCUUACAUCCUGGUGUUCUGGUCAGGAAACGACCUGACACGCACUCCUGUCCCAGCCUUUCCCCUUUUAUAAUCAGGCAGAGUUGCCCUAGCAUGUCUAGGGGUCCUGAUAACAUCCUUGUGAGUCUGCAGGUCAUCCCUUGGUCCAUCUCCACAGGCCAUAUUGGCUUCCUCUUAUUGACCUUUCAUGUGAAAUGUUGAGGUCUAUCUUAUAUUUUUUAUUUUUUAUUUUUUUAUAUUAAAACAUACAAUCUACUUGCAGCGAAGCUGGUCAACAUCUACAUCACAUUAGUCAUCUAACAGACUCCCAUCCAGAGCGACCCACAGAAGCAACCAGGGUCAACGCCCUGCUCAAGGGCACGUCGACAGAUCUCCCACAAGGUCAAAAAUGGGGACACGAACCAGCGACCUAUCAGCCACCGGCCCAAGCUCUUAACUGCCAGGCCACCAGCCCUCCAAGAUCCCCCCCACAGUUCCCCGAGAGCUGCCUCUCAACCAUCUGAGACCCCCCCCCCCCCCCCCCCCAAUAUAAUUCCAUUCCACACCCACAAGACCCCACCAAUGCACCAACAAGCAACAUAUAGGCUGGUUAGAAGGCUGCCUAGAAGGUCAGCAUCCCGGAGUCGCCUCUUCACUGUUGACGUUGAGACUGGUGUUUUGCGGGUACUAUUUAAUGAAGCUGCCAGUUGAGGAUCUGUGAGGCAUCUGUUUCUCAAACUAGACACUCUAAUGUAUUUGUCCUCUUGCUCAGUUGUGCACCGGGGCCUCCCACUCCUCUUUCUAUUCUGGUUAGAGCCAGUUUGCGCUGUUCUGUGAAGGGAGUAGUACACAGCGUUGUACGAGAUCUUCAGUUUCUUGGCAAUUUCUCGCAUGGAAUAGCCUUCAUUUCUCAGAACAAGAAUAGACUGACGAGUUUCAGGAGAAAGUUUCUGGCCACUUUGAGCUUGUAAUCGAACCGACAAUUGCUGAUGCUCCAGAUGCUCAACUAGUCUCAAGAAGGCCAGUUUUAUUGCUUCUUUAAUCAGCACAACAGUUUUAAGCUGUGCUAACAUAAUUGCAAAAGGGUUUUCUAAUGAUCAAUUAGCCUUUUAAAAUGAUAAACUUGGAUUAGCAAACACAACGUGCCAUUGGAACACAGGACUGAUGGUUGCUGAUAAUGGGCCUCUGUACGCCUAUGUAGAUAUUCCAUAAAAAAUCAGCCGUUUCCAGCUACAAUAGGCAUUUACAACAUUAACAAUGUCUACACUGUAUUUCUGAUCAAUUUGAUGUUAUUUUAAUGGACAAAAAAAAUGAUUUUCUUUCGAAAACAAGGACAUUUCUAAGUGACCCCAAACUUUUGAAUGGUAGUGUAUAUUUAGCACCCCUACUUUGUAAAAGUGCUAGGUGGCUAGUAUUACAGAGAAACAACAAAACAUUUUCGUUUGAUUUAUUCUUCAAGAAAUCAAUAGGCUACAUAACUUAAUCAAAUUCAUUUUCAAACAUACAGUGGGGGAAAAAAGUAUUUAGUCAGCCACCAAUUGUGCAAGUUCUCCCACUUAAAAAGAUGAGAGAGGCCUGUCAUUUUCAUCAUAGGUACACGUCAACUAUGACAGACAAAAUGAGAAAAAAAAAUCCAGAAAAUCACAUUGUAGGAUUUUUAAUGAAUUUAUUUGCAAAUUAUGGUGGAAAAUAAGUAUUUGGUCAAUAACAAAAGUUUCUCAAUACUUUGUUAUAUACCCUUUGUUGGCAAUGACACAGGUCAAACGUUUUCUGUAAGUCUUCACAAGGUUUUCACACACUGUUGCUGGUAUUUUGGCCCAUUCCUCCAUGCAGAUCUCCUCUAGAGCAGUGAUGUUUUGGGGCUGUCGCUGGGCAACACAGACUUUCAACUCCCUCCAAAGAUUUUCUAUGGGGUUGAGAUCUGGAGACUGGCUAGGCCACUCCAGGACCUUGAAAUGCUUCUUACGAAGCCACUCCUUCGUUGCCCGGGCGGUGUGUUUGGGAUCAUUGUCAUGCUGAAAGACCCAGCCACGUUUCAUCUUCAAUGCCCUUGCUGAUGGAAGGAGGUUUUCACUCAAAAUCUCACGAUACAUGGCCCCAUUCAUUCUUUCCUUUACACGGAUCAGUCGUCCUGGUCCCUUUGCAGAAAAACAGCCCCAAAGCAGGAUGUUUCCACCCCCAUGCUUCACAGUAGGUAUGGUGUUCUUUGGAUGCAACUCAGCAUUCUUUGUCCUCCAAACACGACGAGUUGAGUUUUUUACCAAAAAGUUCUAUUUUGGUUUCAUCUGACCAUAUGACAUUCUCCCAAUCCUCUUCUGGAUCAUCCAAAUGCACUCUAGCAAACUUCAGACGGGCCUGGACAUGUACUGGCUUAAGCAGGGGGACACGUCUGGCACUGCAGGAUUUGAGUCCCUUGCGGCGUAGUGUGUUACUGAUGGUAGGCUUUGUUACUUUGGUCCCAGCUCUCUGCAGGUCAUUCACUAGGUCCCCCCGUGUGGUUCUGGGAUUUUUGCUCACCGUUCUUGUGAUCAUUUUGACCCCACGGGGUGAGAUCUUGCGUGGAGCCCCAGAUCGAGGGAGAUUAUCAGUGGUCUUGUAUGUCUUCCAUUUCCUAAUAAUUGCUCCCACAGUUGAUUUCUUCAAACCAAGCUGCUUACCUAUUGCAGAUUCAGUCUUCCCAGCCUGGUGCAGGUCUACAAUUUUGUUUCUGGUGUCCUUUGACAGCUCUUUGGUCUUGGCCAUAGUGGAGUUUGGAGUGUGACUGUUUGAGAUUGUGGACAGGUGUCUUUUAUACUGAUAAAAAGUUCAAACAGGUGCCAUUAAUACAGGUAACGAGUGGAGGACAGAGGAGCCUCUUAAAGAAGAAGUUACAGGUCUGUGAGAGCCAGAAAUCUUGCUUGUUUGUAGGUGACCAAAUACUUAUUUUCCACCAUAAUUUGCAAAUAAAUUCAUAAAAAAUCCUACAAUGUGAUCUUCUGGAUUUUUUCCUCUCAUUUUGUCUGUCAUAGUUGACGUGUACCUAUGAUGACAAUUACAGGCCUCUCUCAUCUUUUUAAGUGGGAGAACUUGCACAAUUGGUGGCUGACUAAAUACUUCCCCCCCCCACUGUACCUCCUGCAAUUCCUGCCCAUCAUCAAUAGCUAAAAUCAAAUCAUAUGCUGUGUCACUACACUUUCUCUCCUCCUCCACUGACAAUAUCAUAAUAAAUAAUUAUGAUAAAACGUGGGCUUGAAAAUGAAGUUUAGCAUGGCAGCUCUGUAUCAUUUGACCAUGAAACAGAUGAAGACUAAAGGACUGUAAGUUAUUUAUAAUGAGGGAUACCUGGAGAAAAUCUGACCUCUCUGAAAUGAAAAUGGAUGGCCCUCCCUUCAGUAAAAUAUAAUUUUUUACCUGACCCUCCCUGAACGCUUAAAAAAUAUAUAAAAAAAGUUACCCUCCCCUAUAUCUAAAAUAAUAAUUCAAACAGUGGAUAGCAGAUAAUAUGCCUGCCAUUUACCCUCACUCCGAGGACAGACCAGAGCCUUAGAUGUUCAGUUUUAGAAACUGUUCUUUGUUUUGUAAGUGUUACAUGGCAAAGUAGCCUGAAGGUUGUGGAUUCGCAAACCACUGUGGACAAGGGUAGGGGUGAAAAAAUCCCCAUUAUUGAGAAAAAGCCAUUCGUUUUUAACACAGCAACCGCAUAGGCCUAUAUGCACUUGCAACAUUUUUUUUAAUUUGGGAAACUGUCAUUUUAUUUUAUUUUAUAUACAGUACCAGUCUAAAGUUUGGACACACCUACUCAUUCAAGGGUUUUUCUUUAUGUUUACUAUUUUCUACAUUGUAGAAUAAUAGUGAAGACAUCAAAACUAUGAAAUAACACAUAUGGAAUCAUGUAGUAACCCAAAAAGUGUUAAAAAAAUCAAAAUAUAUUUGAGAUUCUUCAAAUAGCCACCAGUUGCCUUGAUGACAGCUUUGCACACUCUUGGCAUUCUCUCAACCAGCUUCACCUGGAAUGCUUUUCCAACAGUCUUGAAGGUGUUCCCACAUAUGCUGAGCACUUGUUGGCUGUUUUUCCUUCACGCUGCGGUCUAACUUAUCCCAACCCAUCUCAAUUUGGUUGAGGUCGGGGGAUUGUGGAGGCCAGGUCAUCUGAUGCAAAUCAAAUCAAAUCAAAUCAAAUUUUAUUGGCCACAUGCGUCGAAUACAACAGGUGCAGACAUUACAGUGAAAUGCUUACUUACAGCCCUUAACCAACAGUGCAUUUAUUUUUAAUAAAAAAGUAAAAUAAAACAACAACAAAAAUGUGUUGAGAAAAAAAAGAGCAGAAGUAAAAUAAAAUAACAGUAGGGAGGCUAUAUAUCCAGGGGGGUACCGGUGCAGAGUCAAUGUGCGGGGGCACCGGCUAGUUGAGGUAGUUGAAGUAAUAUGUACAUGUGGGUAGGGUUAAAGUGACUAUGCAUAAAUAAUUAACAGAGUAGCAGCAGCGUAAAAAGAUGGGGUGGGGGGGCAGUGCAAAUAGUCCGGGUAGCCAUGAUUAGCUGUUCAGGAGUCUUAUGGCUUGGGGGUAGAAGCUGUUGAGAAGUCUUUUGGACCUAGACUUGGCACUCCGGUACCGCUUGCCGUGCGGUAGCAGAGAGAACAGUCUAUGACUAGGGUGGCUGGAGUCUUUGACAAUUUUGAGGGCCUUCCUCUGACACCGCCUGGUAUAGAGGUCCUGGAUGGCAGGAAGCUUGGCCCCAGUGAUGUACUGGGCCGUACGCACUACCCUCUGUAGUGCCUUGCGGUCGGAGGCCAAGCAGUUGCCAUACCAGGCGUUGAUGCAACCAGUCAGGAUGCUCUCGAUGGUGCAGCUGUAGAAUUUUUUGAGGAUCUGAGGACCCAUGCUGAAUCUUUUCAGUCUCCUGAGGGGGAAUAGGCUUUGUCGUGCCCUCUUCACAACUGUCUUGGUGUGUUUGGACCAUGAUAGUUCGUUGGUGAUGUGGACACCAAGGAACUUGAAGCUCUCAACCUGUUCCACUACAGCCCCGUCGAUGAGAAUGGGGGCGUGCUCAGUCCUCUUUUUUUUCCUAUAGUCCACAAUCAUCUCCUUUGUCACGUUGAGGGAGAGGUUGUUAUCCUGGCACCACACGGCCAGGUCUCUGACCUCCUCCCUAUAGGCUGUCUCAUCGUUGUCGGUGAUCAGGCCUACUACUGUUGUGUCGUCGGCAAACUUAAAGAUGGUGUUGGAGUCGUGCCUGGCCAUGCAGUCAUGGGUGAACAGGGAGUACAGGAGGGGACUGAGCACGCACCCCUGAGGGGCCCCCGUGUUGAGGAUCAGUGUGGCAGAUGUGUUGUUACCUAGCCUUACCACCUGGGGGCGGCCCGUCAGGAAGUCCAGGAUUCAGUUGCAGAGGGAGGUGUUUAGUCCCAGGAUCCUUAGCUUAGUGAUGAGCUUUGAGGGCACUAUGGUGUUGAAUGCUGAGCUGUAGUCAAUGAAUAGCAUUCUCACGUAGGUGUUCCUCUUGUCCAGGUGGGAAAGGGCAGUGUGGAGUGCAAUAGAGAUUGCAUCAUCUGUGGAUCUGUUGGGGCGGUAUGCAAAUUGGAGUGGGUCUAGGGUUUCUGGGAUAAUGGUGUUGAUGUGAGCCAUGACCAGCCUUUCAAAGCACUUCAUGGCUACAGACGUCAGUGCUACGGGUUGGUAGUCAUUUAGGCAGGUUAUCUUAGUGUCCUUGGGCACGGGGACUAUGGUGGUCUGCUUGAAACAUGUUGGUAUUACAGACUCAGUCAGGGACAUGUUGAAAAUGUCAGUGAAGACACUUGCCAGUUGGUCAGCACAUGCUCGAAGUACACGUCCUGGUAAUCCGUCUGGCCCUGCGGCCUUGUGAAUGUUGACCUGCUUAAAAGUCUUACUCACAUCGGCUACGGAGAGCGUGAUCACAUAGUCAUCCAGAACAGCUGGUGCUCUCAUGCAUGCUUCAGUGUUGCUUGCCUCGAAGCGAGCAUAGAAGUGGUUUAGCUUGUCUGGUAGGUAACUCUGGGUCUUCCAUUCCUGUGGCGGUCCUCAGUUAAAUAUGACAUUUAACUGAUUACAAAUUAUAUGACCCUCCCCUGGACUAACAAAAAAACAAAAAUAAACCCUCCCCCUGACUGAAAUUUUAAAAGCAUGAUCCUCCCAUUUUCCUUUGGGUAACAAUUGCGUAAAUCUUGACCGCUCCAUAACUUCUAAAGCCACCAACAGGCUAUUGCUCUGUCCUCACUAAUGUUCCUGAAAACUAAACAUGAUCCCUCACCUUGGACAGCUUGGCUGACCACAGAAAAUGUUGCUUCCUCUUUUCACUUUCAGUCUUACGGCUACUUCCUAGACUCUCAGAUUUGACUUGACACUGAUUUAUGAGAUUGCUUAGGGAAUCUUCAUGCGUAAAAGCCACUUAUCACACACGUAACCUUUUAUAGUGUGCUGUCAAGGAUGAAACUGCAUCAUCAAUUGGAUAAAUGAAUUAUAUGUAUCCAUGGUGGUGGUGGGGGGUGUAUUGAGGAACCUGUGUGAAUUUAGACCGCUGCAUUGCUAGAGCACCUGUCCCAUUGGCAGAUGUUUCAUUGGUUGAUAGAACCUAUCCUCUAUUGCAUGUAAUCAGUUACAGUGCCUUCAGAAAGUAUUCACACCCCUUAACCUUUUCCACAUUCUGUUGUGUUACAAGGUGGGAUUAUAUAAACAAAUAAAGAGAGUCGCACACUAUGUAUAAACUCCCAGUUAUUUAUUGGGUAAAAAAACACCAAUGUUUCGGCAUCACUGUGCCUUCUUCAGGGUCUACAAGGUAGGAUUAAAAUGGAUGUAAUUGUCUUUUUUUGUCAACAAUCUACACAAAAUACUCUGUAAUGUCAAAGUGGAAGGAAAAUGCAAACGUUUGUAAAAACGUAAUAAUAAUAAUAAAACACUAAUAUAUCUUGAUUCCAUAAGUAAUCAACCCCCUGAGUCAAUACAUGUUAGAAUCACCUUUGGCAGCGAUUACAGCUGUGAGUCUUUCUGGGUAAGUCUCUAAGAGCUUUGCACACUUGGAUUGUACCAUUUUUGCACUUAAAAAAAAAUAUAUAUUCUUCACAUCAGUCAAGUUGGUUGUUGAUCAUUGCUAGACAGCCAUUUUCAAGUCUUUCCAUAGAUUUGUCAAGCCGAUUUAAGUCAAAACUGUAACUAGGCCACUCAGGGACAUUCAAUGUCAUCUUGGUAAGCAACUCCAGUGUAUAUUUGGCCAUGUGUUUUAGGUAAUUGUCCUGCUGAAAGGUGAAUUUGUCUCCUAGUGUCUGUUGGAAAGCAGACUAAACCAAGUAUUCCUCUAGGAUUUUGCCUGUAAUUAACUCUAUUACAUUUCUUUUUAUCCUAAAAAACAACCUAGUCCUUGCCGAUGACAAGCAUACCCAUAACAUGAUGCAGCCACCACCAUGCUUGAAAAUAUGAAGACUGGUACUCAGUAACGUGUUGUGAUGGAUUUGCCCCAAACAUAACACUUUUUAUUCAGGACAUAAAGUUAAUUUCUUUGCCACAUUUUUUGUAGUUUUACUUUAGUUUGUUAUUGCAAACAGGAUGCAUGUUUUGGAAUAUUUUUAUUCCCGUAGAGGCUUCCUUCUUUACACUCUAUCAUUUAGAUUAGUAUUGUGGAGUAACUACAAUGUUGUUGAUCCAUCUUCAGAUUUCUCCUAUCACAGCCAUUAAACUCUGUAACUGUUUUAAAGUCACCAUUGGACUCAUGGUGAAAUUCCUGAGCGGUUUCCUUCCUCUCCAGCAACUGAGUUAGGAAGGAUGCCUGUAUCUUUGCAGUGACUGGGUGUAUUGAUACACCAUCCAAAGUGUAAUUAAUAACUUCACCAUGCUCAAAGGGACCUUACAGAUAAUUGUAUGUGUGGGGUACAGUAAUGAGGUAGUCAUUCAAAAAUAAUGUUAAACACUAUUAUUGGACACAGAGUGAGUCCAUGCAACUUAUAUGUCACUUGUUAAGCACAUUUUUACUCCUGAACUUAUUUAGGCUUGCCAUAACAAAGGGGUUGAAUUCUUAUUGAUGCAAGUAAUUUCAGCUUUUCAUUUUUAAUAAUCUAAAAACAUAAUUCCAAUUUGACAUUAUGGGGUAUUGUGUGUCUCAAUUUAAUCUAUUUAAAAUUCUGGCUGUAACGCAACAAAAUGUGGAAAAAGUCAAGGGGUGUGAAUACUUUCUGCAGGCACUACAUGUAAUCUGAUUAUAAAAAAAACGUUAACUAUAAUCAGUUACGUUACCAGCUAAAAUAUUGGAAUCAGAUUACAGAUACUAUUGAAAAACUAGAUGAUUACUUCUUGGAUUAGCCUAAUUUAAAUUCAGAAAGGAUGUUUGCGAAAAAAUGCAUUACGAAACCUUUCUGUUUUUUUCAAUGACAUUCAAUUCAGCAUUGAAAAAAGUUGCAAAUGUAGGUUUGUUUCCACCGGAGCGAGUCUGACCACAAGUCAGAUACCACUAUGAUGACACACCAAAUGCGUUUGAUGGACUAGUAACUGUAACGGAUUACAUUUAGAAAGUAUACUACCCAACCCUGGUGCUGAAAAGGAUGAAGAGCGCAAUCUCACACUCACCUCCAGGCAGCUCUGCUUCUUCAAUCAGGCUCCACAAUUCGUUGAGAAACAAGGCCUGCAAUAAGAGUGUGGUAUUUUAAUACACCACAAGAUGGCAGUAAUCUACAGGAGUCUACAGUAGCCCACACUGACACAUGGUAUCAAUACUGUAUGGUAAUAACAAUACAACGUGCGCUCCUCCUCCCUACUCCGCCUUUUGCUCACAACAUCUGUCUAUUAUUGAAUGGACUUCGUCAUGAUGCGCCGUGGCAUGAAUAUCGCUCUACUCUAGCCAGACAAGCCAUUGCAAAGAAACCAAGGGGGGAAGUCCAACACUAAUUUUACUGCAAAGUGUUCUCUGAAGAACAUUUCUGUGUAUGGCUAUUAUGUGUUUUCUUGCUAUUAUUAUUCUCACUUUUCUGCUUGGAGUGGCGGACUGCGCGGGCACAGAAGGGACCGGGGUUCUUGACACCGACACGGACUGCCCGUCGCUUUGUAACUGUGAAGACAACGGCAUGCUUCUGCGCGUUGACUGUGUGGACCUCGGUUUCGCGGAGUUGCCUUCAAAGUUGAGCGUAUUUACUUCCUACCUGUAAGUUUCAAUUAUAUUCAUAACUUGUUUGUGUGCUGGCAACUGUUGCGAGUGUAAACUUUACUGUAUUAUGGAUGCUCUCCAUACACGUUUGCACCGGUCUUUUCAGCAGGGGAUAAAACACAAAAUACCAACGCUAAAAUAAGCGUCUCUCUCUCUCUCUCUCUCAGCACUAGAGAAAGUUAAUUAGGUCAUCUCUGUGAUGGAUUUGGUGGCCCUGCAGGUUCUCUCAGAAGUCUGUAGAGUUCUACUGUGAGGACACUCUGACCCUACCAGUGUCAGCCUUGAGUAGGAUUACUGUAAUGGUUCUUUACAAGAGUUGAAAGACCAAAGGACAAACCUCUUUCUGAGCCAGGUCACAGACAUGACAUUGCUCCAAAUAUCAUAACAUUCACUACAUACUUUUGAUUGUUGAUGUGUGUGCAUUGGCUUGUGUAAAUACACACAUGCCGAUCUGUAAGUGCUGCUGCAUACAUACUGUACUUGUCCAUAAUAAAGGGAUGAAAAAGGACAGCUCAUUAACCCCUUCCCUGCUGGAGACAGCCAUGCAGGAACUAGGGGAUUUUCAUAGGAAAUGCUAUGGAUUCCUGACAUGCAUACAACAUAGCGAAUGGUUAACUGAAAGUUGAAGGCAAAGGGGGUCUUUGUUAGGGACCAGAGGGAAUUACGGAGAGAGAGAAGAGAGGGGGGGGGGGGGGGGGGGGGGGGGGGAUAGAGAGAGGGAAAAGAGAGAGAGAGAGAGAGAGAGAAAGAAUCAUCCGCCCCAAGCCUCUCUGUCACCACUAAAAGCCUGCGAACAGAAUGGUUUUGUCAGUCAUGUUGCCUGCUUCUCACAUUUCACCCUCAGCAGCACUAAUGCAAUGUUCCUCCAGUGCACAUCCAACCAUUUUAAUGUACAGUAGUUCAAUUCAUACAAAUAUUACGCCGUCAAGUUUAAGAUUGAAGAAUUACAUUCUUUCUGUUCAGACCUGUAUAGAUUCUUGGUAUAUGAUGUAAAAUUUGUACAGAUACCUUGGCUUCUUAACAUUGCACAGUACAACAUUAUUACAUGUACGGCGAUGCCUAGAGCAGACAGGCUGUCACAAAUAGAGAUUAUUUAUCUAAAGGGAAUGAGGUACACACAGGAGGCAUUCCUGCUCAUUCCCUCUCAGUCAGAUUGUAUCCCCUCUGGUCCCAGACCAUAACUGUACUGGGCUACUGGCUCAUUGUUUUGGCUUUCUGUUUUUUUGACUGUGCACAUGAUAUUACAAUUAAAGAACAUUCUGCGUUUAUGUGUUUUAGACCAGAGACUAUUUGAAAAAGCUUGAAAGUAGAUAAAUUGAAGUUCUAGAAGUUAUGAAGUUCUAGACUUCCCUUUGGAAGAUUUGAGAAGUCUGAAACAUUACAACUUUCCAGGGAGGAAGGAGUUAACGGAGACAUGGUCACACUGUAGUAGCAUGCUUUGCAUCAUGACACCCUUGCUAAUGUCAGAGGGUCUUAGUUGUGAAAUGUUAAGGACACCACACAGAAUCAAAGCCUUUGAUCAACGCCUCAUCACCAUCCUUUAUCUAGAACAGCGGGACAAAUCCCUCCUUAAAUCUUUACACAGACACUGUCAGCCAUGUCUAAAUCUGUAGAGAUAGUAUAGGCCUGCUGGACUGUAACUUCCAAAGCCCGCUGGUAUUGCAGUGUUGUAUUAUAACACAUUAUGAUACAAUGACUCGAACAGAGAACAUGUGGUUCUUUCUGCUGACUUGAACACUCCUCUGCAGUAUCUAUUAUUUUCCUAAGUGAAGUCCCAAUUUCUAGAGCUUGCUCCUGAAAAAUGCCAUGGAAAUAUUCAAUUUUAUGACCAAUUCUUAACACAUAUUGACCAAGUUAUUCCAUGAAAGACUGUGCAAAUUGCCUUAAGAGGUCAGGGUCAAGGAUCACCUCUGGGUUUGCAAGGUCCCAAGGCUGCAAGGCUUGACAGCCAAAGGGACCCAAAACAUAUGUACAGUGCAUUUGGAAAGUAUUCAGACUAGGGCUGUCCCCGACAAAAAAAUGAAUUGUUCGACCGAAAGUCAUCUGUUCUUUCGACCAAUAGAUUGGUCGAAAUGUUUAAACGUGUAUUUUUCCAUAUAUAGACACACCCUAUGUGUUUUAAUAAAAUCAACUAUAUGCAUUGAGCUUGUCUGGUGCUUAAAGCUUAAGGUUUGAUAAAAUAAGGCAAAUGCCUCAAGAGGGCGCCAGAGAUCUACAUAACCAGAAGAAAAACAACGUAACCUGACCCAACUAUUCUCCUCCCGCUCCUGCUGGCUUUUGCAGAUUCUGCUAUUAUCUCCUGAAGUUGCCAGUAAUAGGCUACACGAGGAGUCAGCAACCUUUCUCAUGUUGAAUGCCAAUUGAUCUUACCAUUUCUACCGAUCUGCAUGCCAGUUAUGGUUUUCAUAUGCACAUUUUUGUGAAACAGUUUAAUUUAAUUUAUUUAUAACAACUUUAUAUCUCAAAAUCAAUGUCAUGUGGUUAAUAAAAAUUUUAUCCAAAUGUAAAUGAAAAUUAUACAAACCUAAAAAGUAACUUCUAUUGCCAUUGCCAACUAUGUAAAAAUAGCCUACAUAAAGCCAACAAAUAAAAACAUUGCAGCCUGUAGGUAGAAGAUAUCCUGAUAAAAAUAAAUAUCCUAUACAGUAAACCACAUUGGCUACAUAUGGCCUGUCUACAACGAACUUGAAACAUUGUAUCAACUAUUAACUUGCGUCCCGCCUGAAACUUGUGCUAGUGAACUUGCAACAUUGUAUAAAAUAUUCUGGGCCCUCAGAGUUUCCCAUGCCAGUGAGCUCAGGACAGACACAGCUGUAGGCUAUUUUCUCAAGGAAUAAGAAGCAGUGCUUGACUUGGGCAGGAGCUCACCGGAGCUGAGUACCGGCACCUCAAAUGUCCUACUGUUUGAGCUCAUGUUCCUCUUAUAGAAUAUUAGCUCAAAAGUAUGGUGGAGCUCCUGCACCUAAAUAUAAACAGUACCAGCACCCAAAAUGAGUACCGGAACCUAUUUCCGUCCAAGUCAAGGACUGAUAAGAAGUAAUCAGGCAGGCCUAUUUUAUGACGUUUCCAUUGGAUCUGAGAAUUACAUUUUUCCCUUUCACGCUGAGUGGUUAUCGAAAGGGAGAGAGCUGGAAAGAUUUUUCAAAUAUAUUGAGGAACUACAGUGGCUUGCGAAAGUAUUCACCCCCCUUGGCAUUUUUCCUAUUUUGUUGCCUUACAACCUGGAAUUAAAAUUGAUUUUUGGGGGGUUUGUAUCAUUUGAUUUACACAACAUGCCUACCACUUUUACAUUUACAUUUACAUUUUAGUCAUUUAGCAGACGCUCUUAUCCAGAGCGACUUACAGGAGCAAUUAGGGUUAAGUGCCUUGCUUAAGGGCACAUCGACAGAUUUUUCACCUAGUCGGCUCGGGGAUUAGAACCAGCGACCUUUCGGUUACUGGCACAACGCUCUUACCCACUAAGCUACCUGCCGCCCUUUGAAGAUGCAAAAUAUUUUUUUGUGUGAAACAAACAAGAAAUAAUACAAAAAAACUGAAAACUUGAGCGUGCAUAACUAUUCCCUGUGCACCCCCUAAAGUCAAUACUUUGUAGAGCCACCUUUUGCAGCAAUUACAGCUGCAAGUCUCUUGGGGUAUGUCUCUAUAAGCUUAGCACAUCUAGCCACUGGGAUUUUUGCCCAUUCUUCAAGGCAAAACUGCUCCAGCUCCUUCAAGUUGGAUGGGUUCCGCUGGUGUACAGCAAUCUUUAAGUCAUACCACAGAUUCUCAAUUGGAUUGAGGUCUGGGCUUUGACUAGGCCAUUCCAAGACAUUUAAAUGUUUCCCCUUAAACCACUCGAGUGUUCCUUUAGCAGUAUGCUUAGGGUCAUUGUCCUGCUGGAAGGUGAACCUCUGUCCCAGUCUCAAAUCUCUGGAAGACUGAAACAGGUUUCUCUCAAGAAUUUCCCUGUAUUUAGCGCCAUCCAUCAUUCCUUCAAUUCUGACCAGUUUCCCAGUCCCUGCCGAUGAAAAACAUACCCACAGCAUGAUGUUGCCACCACCAUGCUUCACUGUGGGGAUGGUGUUCUCGGGGUGAUGAGAGGUGUUGGGUUUGCGCCAGACAUAGCGUUUUCCUUGAUGGCCAUAAAGCUUAAUUUUAGUCUCAUCUGACCAGAGUACCUUCUUCCAUAUGUUUGGGGAGUCUCCCACAUGGCUUUUGGUGAACACCAAACGUGUUUGCUUAUUUUUUUCUUUAAGCAAUGGCUUUUUUCUGGCCACUCUUCCGUAAAGCCGAGCUCUGUGGAGUGUACGGCUUAAAGUGGUCCUAUGGACAGAUACUCCAAUCUCCACUGUGGAGCUUUGCAGCUCCUUCAGGGUUAUCUUUGGUCUCUUUGUUGCCUCUCUGAUUAAUGCCCUCCUUGCCUGGUCUGUGAGUUUUGGUGGGUGGACCUCUCUUGGCAGGUUUGUUGUGAUGCCAUAUUCUUUCCAUUUUUGCCUUCAUUUGCGCGCAGGCCAGGAAGCCUAUAGGUCUACUUCUAUGCGUGCGCAUUCUUACUCAACAUUGACAGGAGCGCUCCAAACAAAAGACAAUGACUAAAUUGACAAAACUUGUAAAUGGAAGGAAAUAAACCAAAACUUGUUUCUCACAAGUGUAGCAUAGGUUGUGGACUCUGCAAAGACUGGAAUAAUAAUAUUGAAUGCAUUAAAAUAAAUUCCCAUAACCAAAGUAACAAACAUUGUAGAUUAGAAAUUAUAGGAAUUAACGGUAAAUGUGGUACUGGUGAUAUACAGUGCCUUCGGAAAGUAUUCAGACAUUUUGUUACAUUACAGCCUUAUUCUAAAAUGGAUUAAAUAAAAACAAAUCCUCAUCAAUCAACCUUAUUUACAUAAGUAUUCAGACCCUUUGCUAUGAGACUCGAAAUUGAGCUCCGGUGCAUCCUGUUUCCAUUGACCAUCCUUGAGAUAUUUAUUCAAUUUGAUUGGAGUCAACCUGUGGUAAAUUCAAUUGAUUAGACAUGAUUUGGAAAAGCACACAACUGAAUAUAUAAGGUCCCACAGUUGACAGUACAUUUUAGAGCAAAAAAUCAAGCCAUGAGGUCGAAGGAAUUGUCCGUAGAGCUCUGAGAGAGGAUUGUGUCGAGGCACAGAUCUGGGGAAGGAUACCAACACAUUUCUGCAGCAUUGAAGGUCCCCAAGAACACAGUGGCCUUCAUCAUUCUUCAAUGGGAGAAGUUUGGAACCACCAAGACCCUUCCUAGAGCUGGUCGCCCGGCCAACCUGAGCAAUCGGGGGAGAAGGGCCUUGGUCAGGGAGGUGACCAAGAACCCGAUGGUCACUCUGACAGAGCUCCAGAAUUCCUCUGUGGAGAUGGGAGAACCUUCCAGAAGGACAACCAUCUCUGCAGCACUCCACCAAUCAGGCCUUUAUGGUAGAGUGGCCAGAUGGAAGCCACUCCUCAGUAAAAGGCACGACAGCCCGCUUGGAGUUUGCCAAAAGGAACCUAAAGACUCUCAGACCAUGAGAAACAAGAUUCUCUGGUCUGAUGAAACCAAGUUUGAACUCUUUGGUCUGAAUGCUUUGGGACAAGUCUCUGAAUGUCUUUGAGUGGCCCGGACUUGAACCCGAUCAAACAUCUCUGGAGAGACCUGAAAAUAGCUGUGCAGCAACACUCCCCAUUCAACCUGACAGAGCUUGAGAGGAUCCGCAGAGAAGAAUGGGACAAACUCCCCAAAUACAGGCGUGCCAAGCUUGUAGCGUCAUACCCAAGAAGACUCAAGGCUGUAAUCGCUGCCAAAGUACUGAGUAAAGGGUCUGAAUACUUAUGUAUUCUGGAGUGAGAAGUGCAUUGUGCAUCUGGGCGCAUGGUCAAUCUGACGUCUGCAUUGGCCAUGCAGCAUUGACAGUGAUAUGGCCUCAGCGGAAGUCAGGGCAUUCAUACUUCUUCAGGUGAUGAGCGGUGCCUGGUUUCCUCCAGACGUGAUGCUUGGCAUUCAGGCCAAAGAGUUAAAUCUUGGUUUCAUCAGACCAGAGAAUCUUGUUUCUCAUGGGUCAUGUGCCUUUUACUGAGGAGUGUCUUCCGUCUGGCCACUCUGCCAUAAAGGCCUGAUUGGUGGAGUGCUGCAGAGAUGGUUGUCCUUCUGGAAGUUUUUCCCAUCUCCACAUAGGAUCACUGGAGCUUUAUCAGAGUGACCAUCGAGUUCUUGGUCACCUCCCUGACCAAGGCCCUUCUCCCCCGAUUGCUCAGUUUGGCAGGGCGGCCAAAGUCUUGGUGGUCUUGGUGGUUCCAAACUUCUUCCAUUGAAGAAUGAUGGAGGCCACUGUGUUCUUGGGGACCUUCAAUUCUGCAGACAUUUUUUGGUACCCUUCCCCAGAUAUGUGCCUCAACACAAUCCUGUCUCGAAGCUCUACGGACAAUUCCUUCGACCUCAUGGCUUGGUUUUUGCUCUGACAUGCACUGUUAACUGUGGGACCUUAUAUAGACAGGUGUGUGCCUUUCCAAAUCAUGUCCAAUCAAUUCAGUUUACCACAGGUGGACUCCAAUCAAGUUGUAGAAACAUCGCAAGGAUGAUCAAUGGAAACAGGAUGUACCUGAGCUCAAUUUCAGGUCUCAUAGCAAAGGGUCUAAAUAGUUAUGUAAAUAAGGUAUUUUUGUUUUUAAUUUACAGUGGGGUAAAAAGUAUUUAGUCAGCCACCAAUUGUGCAAGUUCUCCCACUUAAAAAGAUGAGAGAGGCCUGUAAUUUCCAUCAUAGGUACACGUCAACUAUGACAGACAAAUUGAGAAUUUUUCUUCUCCAGAAAAUCACAUUGUAGGAUUUUUUAUGAAUUUAUUUACAAAUUAUGUUGGAAAAUAAGUAUUUGGUCACCUACAAACAAGCAAGAUUUCUGGCUCUCACAGACCUGUAACUUCUUCUUUAAGAGGCUCCUCUGUCCUCCACUCGUUACCUGUAUUAAUGGCACCUGUUUGAACUUGUUAUCAGUAUAAAAGCCACCUGUCCACAACCUCAAACAGUCACACUCCAAACUCCACUAUGGCCAAGACCAAAGAGCUGUCAAAGGACACCAGAAACAAAAUUGUAGACCUGCACCAGGCUGGGAAGACUGAAUCUGUAAUAGGUAAGCAGCUUGGUUUGAAGAAAUCAACUGUGGGAGCAAUUAUUAGGAAAUGGGAGACAUACAAGACCACUGAUAAUCUCCCUCGAUCUGGGGCUCCACGCAAGAUCUCACCCCGUGGGGUCAAAAUGAUCACAAGAACGGUGAGCAAAAAUCCAGAGAGCUGGGACCAUAGUAACAAAGCCUACCAUCAGUAACACACUACGCCGCCAAGGACUCAAAUCCUGCCGUGCCAGACGUGUCCCCCUGCUUAAGCCAGUACAUGUCCAGGCCCGUCUGAAGUUUGCUAGAGUGCAUUUGGAUGAUCCAGAAGAGGAUUGGGAGAAUGUCAUAUGGUCAGAUGAAACCAAAAUAUAACUUUUUGGUAAAAACUCAACUCGUCGUGUUUGGAGGACAAAGAAUGCUGAUUUGCAUCCAAAGAACACCAUACCUACUGUGAAGCAUGGGGGUGGAAACAUCAUGCUUUGGGGCUGUUUUUCUGCAAAGGGACCAGGACGACUGAUCCGUUUAAAGGAAAGAAUGAAUGGGGCCAUGUAUCGUGAGAUUUUGAGUGAAAACCUCCUUCCAUCAGCAAGGGCAUUGAAGAUGAAACGUGGCUGGGUCUUUCAGCAUGACAAUGAUCCCAAACACACCGCCCGGGCAACGAAGGAGUGGCUUCGUAAGAAGCAUUUCAAGGUCCUGGAGUGGCCUAGCCAGUCUCCAGAUCUCAACCCCAUAGAAAAUCUUUGGAGGGAGUUGAAAGUCCGUGUUGCCCAGCGACAGCCCCAAAACAUCACUGCUCUAGAGGAGAUCUGCAUGGAGGAAUGGGCCAAAAUACCAGCAACAGUGUGUGAAAACCUUGUGAAGACUUACAGAAAACGUUUGACCUGUGUCAUUGCCAACAAAGAGUAUAUAACAAAGUAUUGAGAAACUUUUGUUAUUGACCAAAUACUUAUUUUCCACCAUAAUUUGCAAAUAAAUUCAUAAAAAAUCCUACAAUGUGAUUUUCAGGAUUUUUCUUUCUGAUUUUGUCUGUCAUAGUUGACGUGUACCUAUGAUGAAAAUCACAGGCCUCUCUCAUCUUUUUAAGUGGGAGAACUUGCACAAUUGGUGGCUGACCAAAUACUUUUUUCCCCCACUGUAUAAUACAUUUGCCAAAAUUUCUAAAAAGCUUUUUUCGCUGUGUCAUUACGGGGUAUUGUGUGUAGAUUCAUGAGGGAAAACAAUUAUUUAAUCCAAAUUAGAAUAGGCUGUAACGUAAGAAAAUGUGGGAAAAGUUUCUGAAUACUUUCUGAAUGCACUGUAUCUAAAAAAUAAAAUAAUUAAAAGUACACAUUUCAAAAGUGGUUUUGAAUUGCAAAUCAAGAAUCCUUCAUCAAGACUGGUUUUUGUAUGCACAUGGUGGGGUAUCCUAAUGUUUGCUGUACGUCUCCCCCCUUCAGCCCUACCAUAUCAGUCAGGAUGUAUGAUGGCUUUUACUAUGUGUGGAAUGGACAGCUGGAGAGCCCAGUUGUGGCGUGGCGCUAACACAAUCAUGUCAUGCUAACACACUGCUACUGUGUAACAAACUGCUACUGUUCUCUGUUCCCCCAUCAGUGAUCUGAGUAUGAACAACCUCACCCUGCUGCCCAACAGAGCCCUCUCCAACCUACACUUCCUCCAAGAGCUGUGAGUAUUAGUCUAGGACAGAUGGCACACCUCUUUAUUAGGAAUUUGUGAUUAUAAGCUUUGCCCAUCCUGGAGAUUAGAUUUCUCUGUUGGACAAUUUCUCUGUUCUGAUGCGGACUGCUGAAGAGUAUUACACCGGUCCCCAAAUUGUCUGUAAUAAAUCCCCAAGGAAAAAACACAGAGUUAGUGUCUGCUCACUGCUGAAAACCCCCUCUCUAGUCUACAUGUAGUAUGAAUCAGACACUAAAUAUGAGGUAAGGAAAACUUUGUUCAAAACCAGGAGAGACAAACACAAAACAGAAGGAUCAAUGUCGCUCGAUAGAUGAGCUAACAGAAAGGGCCGGGAGCCAGAAGCAGUAACCAUGUUAAUAUUAGACUCCAUUCUCUUUACUUGCCCCUGUAUGAAACAACCAGUGCUGCCUUUUGUUGGAGCUGUUAAAAGGGAGUCAGGAUAUUGAAAUUCAGUAACAACAGGCUCAGGUUACAGUUUAUGGUGCCUGGUUGGCUUAUUAAUUAAAUAGACUGGUGCCGGCUGAAUCAGUGGAAGUUCAGUUGUUUUUUAAUUAUUUAUGUAAUACAGUACAGUGUGUGUGUCCCCCUGCAGACGACUAGCAGGAAACGACUUAACAGACAUCCCUGAAGGGGCUUUCUCUGGCCUCUUCAAUCUCAAAGUACUGUAAGUCAUACAUUACUAACUCAUACAUGAUCAAUUUCUAAAAACCUGCAUCUUUGUGAAUGAAUCCCUUCUGUCUUUCUGAACAGAAUGCUACAGAACAAUCACCUAAAGCAGGUUCCAAGUAAGGCUCUUGAGAACCUGAGGAACCUACAGUCUCUGUGAGUAUAUCUGAACGACUGAACACAUGCACUAUUCAUAGGCUACUACAUGACACUGUCUAAUUCAAGACCCAGUUAGUUUUCUCUGUAUGAUGUCCACCUAAAUAGCCACUCUGCAGAGCAGUUGGAGAAGGAGCAGAGCAGGUAAUAGAGGAGAGGAGGAGAGAAAUGCCUCCAUAUUGAGUCUUGGCCAUAGACAUUGGAUAGACAUCGAAUCAUUGUAACUGUCCCAUUAUGGUAAAAAUACUUUAAAGUACUACUUAAGUAAUUUUUUCGGGUAUCUGUACUUUACUAUUGAUAUUUGACUACUUUUACUUUUACUUUACUACAUUCCUAAAGAAAAUGUUAUACUUUUUACUCCAUACAUUUUCCCUGACAACCAAAAGUACUCAUUACAUUUUGAAUGCUUAGCAGGACAGAAAAUGUUAAAAUUCACACACUUAUCAGGAGAACAUCCCUGGUCAUCCAUACUGCCUCUGAUCUGGCAGACUCACUAAACACAAAUUAUUCGUUUGUAAAUUAUAUCUGAGUGUUGGAGUGUGCCCCUGGCUAUUCGUAAAUUUGAAAAACAAGAAAAUUGUGCCGUCUGAUUUGCUUAAUAUAAGGAAUUUUAAAUGAUUCAUACUUUUACUUUUGAUACUUAAGUAUAUUUAAAACCAAAUACUUUUAGACUUUUGUUCAAGUAGUAUUUUACUGGGUGACUUUCACUAUUACUUGAGUCAUUUUCUAUUAAGGUCUCUUUACUUUUACUCAAGUAUGAACAUUUCCAUUUUUAAGUAGUCCAUUUUGUUCUACUAGUACUUCUAUGAGUUUGCAAAUAAACUGAAAGGGUGCACACUGCCACCUAGAGUGUGUUGUUUGAACAGGUAUAAAGCCAAGGUUGGUAAUUUUUUAUCACCUGCCAUUAUGGAAUGUUUACUCACGUGUAUAAUUCAUUGACUGAUCCCUCCUGGUGACCUGGAUGGAAUUAUGUGAUCCUUCCUUAACCCAUAGGAAGUCCCACCAAGUUGACGACUUAAAAAUUGUGAAAGUCGUCAAUAGCGCUGCCCAUGCUAAAACUGUUUUUUUGGGGCACUAGAGUCCUCUAUCUAACUCUAUGGUCUUGGUACAUCUGUCCAGUCUUAGCCUUCUCCAAUAGCUUAUUUUGUGUCAUUCUAUCUGGAAAAAGUGUCUCCUUGUAUUUAGGAAUUCUGACAGUCACUGAAGAUAGACAGACCUUAUUUGAUGCUAAGCUCAAUUUUCAGGUUAAUUUCAUAUGUUUUGUUUAUGCUCUCACUGUUUGGAAGUAUUAUUCUCCAGAUGCAGGAAACACAAUGCAACAUUCAAGAAAAACAUUUGUGGUUAAAGCCACUCAAGAGAGCCACAAAUGUAAUUGUCCAUGUCAUUUGUAAACAUGGCACAACGUUGGUAAUGUGGGAAUGUUUUUCUCUCUUGAUGCCACACACAUACACACCGAACUUCUGUUACACUUAAUAUUGAAAGUUCAGUAGCUUUAAUAUGUUAUAAUCAAAAUCAUGUAGAACCUCGAAAAAUCGAAUGAAUUAUAUCCACACACACAUUUUAGCAGACGCUCUUAUCCAGAGCGACUAGGGUUAAGUGCCUCGCUCAAGGGCACAUUGACAGAUUUUUGGCUAGGGGAUUCAAACCACCGACCUUUCGGUUACUGGCCUAACACUCUUAACCGCUAGGCUACCUGCCGCCCCCCCCCCACACACACACACAUGAAACCCACUCCGUCCUCUUACAAAAUGAAUGGUUGUUACACUGAGCCCUGAGGCAUCCCUAAACAUGUUUACCUGAUCCUCUGUCCUCCACAUCUCAAUCAGGCUCUUGUUUGAAUGCUCUGGCCAGAGUAAACAGCUAUCCAUGUUGUUUAGACAUACCAAUCUGAAGUUCACACGUUAGACAGACAGACAAAGGACGACCACAUGCAAGCUGUCUGCUUGUGGUGGUGCCAGGACCCCUUGUCAGACAGCUAAGUCCCUACAGUGAAUGUCAACACCAGAAAUUACUACCAUGCACCAAAAGAAUGCACAGACCUCCCUGAUCGAGGAUGUAUCUCUGGAAUAAAAAGCAGCUUGGAGAUGCAGUUUAAUAUGAGAAAUGAAUUAAAGCACAAGGUCUACAUUUAUUUUGUGUUUUCCAAACAACUUUAUAUUCUACUUUGCAAUAUAAAUGUUUUACAUUUAUUUACUGGACAUACCAGCUCCAUGUCAAAGCAUGUAUUUAUAGAAGAAGUAGAAGGUGCAUGAAUUUGUUUGUGAAAUUGUGUUAAGAUGAAUAAACAUGUCCGCUCCAAAGAAAUGACUUGAGGAUUCUUAAAAAUGCACUUUGAAUGUAAUUGAUUACUGUAUUUUCCCAAAUGUAUUUUCAAGGAAAUUCUGACUGAAUGGGACACUGUCUGCAUCUCCCUCUCUCUCUGUCAGGCGUUUGGAUGCCAACCACAUUGCCAGUGUGCCUGAAAGCUCCUUUAGGGGCCUGGCGUCCUUACGCCACCUGUGGCUGGAUGAUAAUGCCCUGACGGAGGUGCCUGUCCAUGCCCUGGCCAUCCUGCCAACCCUGCAGGCAGUGACCCUGGCCCUCAACAGCAUCACCCACAUCCCAGACCACGCCUUCGCCAAUCUCACCAGUCUGGUGGUCCUGUGAGUAGCACGGUUGGAUUGACCAACUGUUGGUUGUUAUACAAUUCUGUUGUUUGUUUAAGGGCCAGCCUCGCUCUCUCCGUCUUUACAUUUUCAUUGUUUUCUACUGUCUCUCUCUCUUUUGCUCCUACUACAUUCACACACGCAUACCCACUUCCUUUCUACCACUGUGUAGAACCCUGCAGGGCGUUAUUGGGUCUUUGAUAUCUUUCCAUACAUCUCUUCCUAGGCAUCUCCAUAACAACCAGAUCCAGUCGUUGGGUGAGAGGUGUUUUGAUGGGCUUCUCAGCCUGGAGACUCUGUGAGUUCACCUCUACCUCAAAUGUACCUUCAUCACCUUAUGACUUGAUUGACACUUUAUUUUUUACGGUACAGAAAUUACCAGGUAUUUACUGAGACAUUAAAUUAUAAAAUGCUAAUUAACUAAUAACCUACUAAUUAAUGAUUUGAUUCAAGUGAACACGCAUCACUACGCAUCAUCAUGUUUUUGCUAGUCUGGGUGCCAGUCUCUCUUUGCUUCAGCCAACGUUUUGUUGUGUUUUGUCGUUGAACGCAUAGACAUUCAGGUACCCAGGCUAUGGAUUUGCAUGUCAGAACAGAACUCUAAAUGGGCCUUUUUACAAGACAUCUAAACAGCCACCACUGCAGUUCAAACGAUCUCUCAACGAUUUGGUGCACCUCAGUGUGUGGCCGCAUGAUGCAGCACUCUACCAAUUACCCUCAAUCUAGCAGCACAUGUUUCCUGAGUUUUAGCAGGGUAAUACCCUAACAACCUCCAGGCUACCAGUAAUGUAUACUUCAACUCACAACCCCCAUUAUACUACUGACCAGAGAAAACAGUCAUGUUGGAAGAUACAGCAGUAAUUCACAAGUUACUACAUCAAAAAGACAAACAUUUAAAACAUGAUAUGUAUUUGCACUAUAUUUACGACUGUAUUUACAGUACUGACUACUGUAUUUACAGUACUGACUACUGUAUUUACAGUACUGACUACUGUAUUUACAAUGCUGGGGGGGGGGCUGCUUUAAAUGCGUCAGGCUGAGAUCUGAGAUAUUGCUAGAUUGGCCCAUUAUUGCAGCCUUAUAACACAGAACCACUUGCGGUCUGUUUUGUGCACACAUGAGUUGAGCGCUGUAUGAGUCAACUGAAAGAAAUACUGUACCACCGAAGUUAUCCCAAUGUACCAUUUCUAUAAUGACUAUAAUGUACAGUACAUGAGCCCCAGACUGCUAUUCUGUUGCAUUAUUUUGUUUGUAGAUCUCUUUGUCUCCCUCCAUAUCCAGUGCCUUCAGAAAGUAUUCACACCCCUUGACUUUUUCCACAUUUUGUUGUGUUACAGCCUGAAUUUAAAAUUGAUUAAAUGUCGUUUUUUUGUCACUGGCCUACACAUAAUACCCCAUAAUGUCAAAGUGGAAUUAUGUUUUUUGACAUUUCUACAAAUGUAUUACAAAUGAAAAGCUGAAAUGUAUUGCGUCAAUAAUAAGCAUUCAACCCCUUUGUUAUGGCAAGCCUAAAUAAGUUCAGGAGUAAAAAUGUGCUUUAACAAGUCACAUAAUAAGUGGCAUGGACUCGGUUUGCAAUAAUAGUGUUUAACAUGGUUUUUGAAUGACUACCUCAUCUCUGUACCCCACACAUACAAUUAUCUGUAAGGUCACUCAGUCGAGCAGUGAAUUUCAAACACAGAUUCAACCCCAAAGACCAGGGAGGUUUUCCAGUGCCUCGCAAAGAAGGGCACCUAUUGGUAGAUGAGUACAAAUGUAAAAGGCAGACAUUGAAUAUCCCUUUGAGCAUGGUGAUGUUAUUAACUACACUUUGGAUGGUGUAUCAAUACACCCAGUCACUACAAAGAUGCAGGCAUCCUUCCUAACUCAGUUGCCGGAGAGGAAGAGAAUCGCUGAGGGAUUUCACCAUGAGGCCAAUGGUGACUUUAAAACAGCUACAGAGUUUAAUGGCUGUGGAUAGGAGAAAACUGAAGAUUGAUCAACAACAUGUUAGUUACUCCACAAUACUAACCUAAUUGACAGAGUGAAAAGAAGGAAGCCUGUACAGAAUACAAAUAUUCCAAAACAUGCAUCCUGUUUGCAGCAAGGCACUAAAGUAAUACUGCAAAAAAAAAUGUGGCAAAGCAAUUAACUUUUUGAGCUGAAUACAAAGUGUUAUGUUCGGGGCAAAUCCAACACAACACAUCACUGAGUACCACUCUCCAUAUUUUCAAGCAUAAUGGUAGUGGCAUCAUGUUAUGGGUAUGCUUGCAAUCAUUAAGGACUGGGGAGUUUUUCAGGAUAAAAAAGAAACGGAAUGGAGCUAAGUACAGGCAAAAUCCUAGAGCAGUGGUCACCAACCUUUUCUGAGUCAAGAUCCCUUUCACAGUCAAAAAGCAAGCAGAUUUGUUUUUAAACAUGACUUAAAUGUAACAUUAACCUAAUAAAAACAGUUUUGUAGGAAUGUGGAUGGUGCAGUAGGCCUAAUACUUUACCACAGCAUAUUGGCUAUAUGCCUGGCCUGACAAUAUUGUCCUUCUCAGACCAUAUUAUAUUUCAAAACUGGAGCUUUGAUAACGAAUCAGUUGGUGUAGCACUUGCGAGGCACAGCUGUGCAUUAAUUGAAAUAAUUUUAUUUUUUAUUUUAAUGAACUGAUGGUACCUGCAUUUGAUGGUCAUGGUGCUUUCAUGACAACUGGGAACUCUGAAUGAGGUCAAAUCAUGAUGUCAGUGAUCUUCAGGUCGGAAAGUAGGCACUCAAGAAAGAUGCCCGAGUUUCCGACUUGGAAUUCUGAAAUGGAUGACUAUUCAAAAUUAUUUUCCCCAGUCGGAUCUCGUUUUUUCAGAGUUCCCAGUUGUCAUGAAUGCACUGAAGUCGGAGAUUUCCGACUUCCCAGUUGUUUUGAACACGGCAUUAGUCUUAGAGGAGGGAGGGAGUGAGCAGCAGAGGGUCUGCCUCUCACGGUCCAUGCUCUCUUCUUCCUUUCCUCCGGUGAGACUGAACAGAGACAGGCGACGUCAUCUUCCACCUUAUGGCGAAACUCGAGUCGUAGUGCAUCGCCUCAUGAACAAAUUCAUGUUGUUCCUAUGACCAGAGAAAGUGAAAUAUUCCUAGAUAUUAAAAUUGACACGACGAGCUGCUAAUAAUAAUAACAUUGAUUGAUACACUUGGCUACUCAUUGCAGCUGCAGCGCGAGUGGAACUAGGCAGAAGCACGUUUUAUGUUUUGUAAUAGUGUUGACAGUGCUGAAUAAAUACUUAAACGUCAACUCACUCAUAAAAACAUUUUUUAUUUUUUUAUUUUUUUAUUUAUUAAUUUUUUUUGGGGGGGGGUGGAUCAGCUUAAUAUUGCAGAUAGAUUGUAUCUUCUAUCAAUGUAAUUGUCUGCAUCACUUCCAAUCCCCCAUGUUUUUUGUUUUUUUAUAUAUAUAUAUAUAUUCCCCUUUAUUACUUUUCAACCCCACCAUCCUUUCCCUACUUGGAGUAAAUUAGUGAACAACAACGCCCAGGCCUCUACUUCCGGUCUAUAAUUACUAUCUACACCUUAUGGACAGAGUUAAUUUUACAAUAAUUCUAUAUCCAUAUAUAUAUAUAUAUAUUUAUUUAUUUUUUUGCUCCUGAACUUCUUCUACUCUAAACCUCUCCGAUCAUUUUCAUGAUGUCCAUCCGGUUUGCUUCUAAAUGCCAUAUCUUUCUAACUGUGCUCUUUCCCAAAAGCUCCCAACAUACAACCUAUAUACUUAUUAUGGACACAGUAUGCUUACAUUAUUAGCUAUCUUUGUUAUUAUUUGUUGUUAUUUGUUAUUAGUCCCAUCCUUCAACUCUAUUCAAUACCUCCCAUCUAUCUCUUAACACCAUCCAUAUAGGAUUUCUAUUUGCCAUAUAUAUUUCAACCAUACUGUGAUGUUUUACAAAAGUUCUGAACCUUUCUAUUCUCAUUGCUUCUACAGAUUGUGAAUUAAAAAUAAACAUUUUUGCUAAAAGUAUUAUUAUAUUAUUGAUUGAUUGACUAUGACUUUUCAGAUCACCCAGUAAUGCUAUCUGCAAGGUUAGUUCCAGGUAAAUAUUGCAAUCCUUUAGCCAUUCCUGGACCUGUGUCCAAAAACAAGCUACAAAUGGACAGAACCAAAACAAAUGAUCUAAUGAUUCUAUCUCUUCACAGCAAAAUCUGCAGAGCUGGGAAGAUUGUAUCCCCCAUAUAAAUAACAUUCUAUUGGUAGCAAGAAUUUUAUAUAAUAAUUUAAAUUGAAAUAUUCUAAUUUUUGAAUCCGGUGUCGUUUUGCGUGUCAGUUCAUAAACACUAUGCCAUGGGAUCGGUACGUCAAAGAUCUCUUCCCAACUAUUUUGCAAUCUAUAUGGGACGGCUGUCAAUCCUUUGGUCCUUAAGUGAAACUGAUAUACUUUUUUAUUUAUCACAGUUUUCCUUAACCAAUUAUGUUCUUUAAUGCAAGGCCGACAGACAAGUUCCUUACUUUCUCCCCCUUCAACUUUCCUCUUCCACUUUUGCGGUAAGGCUGCAAUUAUUUGGUUGUAAUUUUGGGUAGAGCAGACAUUUCCAUAUGUUUUUGUUAGCUGCAUGUGCGACAUAACUCCACCAGUCCUACCGAUGAUAUCAUUUACGAAGAUUAUACCUUUUUUAAACAUUCUGUCAAAAAAUAAAGUUUUUUUUUCAAUUAGUAUAUUUGAAUUUAACCACAAUAUUUGUUGCAUUAUUUGUUCUGUCGUUUCUGGAGGAUUAAAUUGAAAUUGCAACCAACUUUCUAUGGCUUGUUUUAGAAAUAGUGACAUUUGGGAGAUUAUUUCCUUUUCAAAUAACUGAAAGUGAGAGGUUGUAAUCUGAAUAAAGGGAAAAAGGCCUUUCUUGAACAGUGGGUGAGACAAUCUUACUAAUUUGCUUGAGAACCAGUUCGGAUUUAAGUAUAACUUUUGGAUGACUGAAGAUUUUAGUGAUAGGUCUAAUGCUUUAAUAUUUAAUAAUUUCUGUCCUCCGAAUUCAUAUUCAUUAUAUAAAUAUGCUCUUUUAAUUUUGCUCUUAACACUUUGCUGUAUUGUUUGACAGUCUCUCUCUGGUCGGUCAUGGUUUUAAAAGUAAUGAAAUCUCAAGUAGGCUAGUAUCAAACUUUGCUGUGGCCGGGGUCGUGGACGCUGUAGGCAUAGUGAUUUGAGCUAAUCCGAUUGGCCAGUACAGUAGGAGUACUCGAUUAAGCCACAGAUCUCCCAGUCAGCCAGGUAGGCGUAGUUUUUGUCUUUUCAGACAAAUGAAAUGGUUCAAAAUGGGAACACUGUUUCUACCCGAUGCGCAGGGCUUCUGAAUCAAGUGCACCUACCGCCAACAGCGCAACACAUAACAACAAAAAAGGAACGCAAGACUAUGCCGUUAUCGUUGGUUUUUCUACAGAAAUAUUUGGUCGACUAGGAAUGCCCUGUGACCGACCGGUUGGUGACCACUGUCCUAGAGGAAAACCCCCUGUGACCGACCGGUUGGUGACCCCUGUCCUAGAGGAAAACCCCCUGUGACCGACCGGUUGGUGACCCCUGUCCUAGAGGAAAACCCCCUGUGACUGACCGGUUGGUGACCCCUGUCCUAGAGGAAAAGCCCCUGUGACCUACCGGUUGGUGACCCCUGUCCUAGAGGAAAACCCCCUGUGACCGACCGGUUGGUGACCCCUGUCCUAGAGGAAAACCCCCUGUGACCGACCGGUUGGUGAUCCCUGUCCUAGAGGAAAACCCCUGUGACCGACCGGUUGGUGAUCCCUGUCCUAGAGGAAAACCCCCUGUGACCGACCGGUUGGUGACCCCUGUCCUAGAGGAAAACCCCCUGUGACCGACCGGUUGGUGAUCCCUGUCCUAGAGGAAAACCCCCUGUGACCGACCGGUUGGUGACCCCUGUCCUAGAGGAAAACCCCCUGUGACCGACCGGUUGGUGACCCCUGUCCUAGAGGAAAACCCCCUGUGACCGACCGGUUGGUGACCCCUGUCCUAGAGGAAAACCCCCUGUGACCGACCGGUUGGUGACCCCUGUCCUAGAGGAAAACCUGCUUCAGUCUGCUUUCCACCAGACACUGGGAGAUUCAUUCACCUUUCAACAGGACAAUAACCUAAAAGACAAGGCCAAAUCUACACUGGAGUUGCUUACCAAGAAGACAGUGAAUGUUCCUGAGUGGCCGAGUUACAGUUUUGACUUAAAUCUACUUGAAAAUCUAGGACAAGACCUGACAAUGGUUGUCUUGCAAUGAUCAACAACCAAUUUGACAGAGCUUGUUGAAUUUCUAAAAGAAUAAUGGGCAAAUGUUGCACAAUCCAGGUUGUUGAAAGCUCGUAGUCUUACCCAAUAAGACUCACAGCUGUAAUCACUGCCAAAGUUGCUUCUACAAAGUAUUUGCUCAGGGGUGUGAAUACUUAUGUAAAUGAGAUAUUUCUGUAUUUUAUUUUCAAUAAAUUUGCAAAAAUGUCUAAAAAUAUGUUUUCACUUUGUCAUUAUGGGGUAUUGUGUAGAUUGUAUUUAUUUAUGUUUUAUUCAGGCUGUAAGACAACAAAAUGUGGAAUAAGUCAAGAGGUAUGAAUACUUUCUGAAGGCACUUCAGAUGGUUCCAGGAAGCCCCACUGUACUGUUAUGACGUGUGUAAAUAAUGUUUAGCAGUACAAUAGCCUCCUACCCACAAAGGAACAAGCAGGUUGUGAACUACUGUAAAUCCUCAUCACCUUCCGCCUCGGAGCCAAUCCAGACCUGGCAGUUCUUAGCAUAGACCUGUAGGUUCCUAGGCAUCUAGUUUGGACAAACAGGAAGCAGCCUCAUGUGAGAAAGAGGCUCUAAUAUGAGUGGUGUAAAUUCUGGACAGAGACAGAGAGAGGGUCUGAAACCUUUCUGUACCUCACUGCAGCCAUGAACACUUGACAGGAAAGUAGAGUAAGGGAAGUUACUGUAUCUGUGCAGACAACUGUAAUAAUUCAUAUAUUGUUUCUUUCCCGACCCUCAGAGAUUUGAACUACAACGACCUGGCCAUGUUUCCCAUGGCCAUCAGAGCCCUCCCUAACCUCAAAGAGCUGUGAGUGAAACUCAUUACACUCCAGUGCUGCCACUUAUAGAACAAAUCAUGUUUUCAGUUAUCUUAAAUCUUAAAUAUUUGCCCCCAAGGAGUUUCCAUAGCAACAACAUCAGAUCUGUCCCAGAGCAUGCCUUCGUGGGAAACCCUUCCCUUGUCACAAUGUAGGUGCUCUUGUGUCAUCGUCCUGAUGUAAAGUUGAUCGUGAAUAAGUAAUCAAUCAUUAUGAUCGUAUCACAAUGAUUCGAUGAGUGAGGGGAUUUUGAUCCCUCUGACGAUUGUGCUGUAUUUCCUCUCUAACAGAUACUUCUACAACAAUCCCAUCCAGUUUGUAGGCAAGUCAACUUUCCAGCAUUUACCAGCGCUACGGAUGCUGUAAGUCAGCAUUAUCCCUCUUCAUUCUGUCCUACCUCAUUUGAGAGGAAGUAGAUGAAAAUGUAAGAAGAAAGCUAAGCAGGUGUGAUUUUUGUCCGUCUUUUUUGUUAUUGUGUAGAUCACUCAACGGAGCCACAGAGAUCACAGAGUUCCCAGACCUCACUGGCACAAACAGUUUGGAAACUCUGUAAGUCUCAGUCCUCAAAAGUCCCUAAAUACACUGAAUACACCCCAGCUAUCAUGAAUCAGAUUCAGCACAUCAGCUAGGAUUCCAUCCAAUUGCUGUCAGAUUUUCAUGCGAAUAUAUUAGAAUCUGCAUAAAGAACAAAUGUGCAGUUUCCAACAAACGGACUUGUUGUGGAUAAAAACCAGUGCGUUGGGCCUCCCGAGUGGCGCAGCGCGCUGUGUUGCAGCCGGCUGCGACCGAGAGACCCAUGAGGCAGUGCACAAUUGGCCCAGCAUUGUCCGGGUUAGGGGAGUGAUUAGCCGGCCGGGAUGUCCUUGUCCCAUCGCGCUCUAGCGACUCCUUGUGGCGGGCCGGGCACAUGCACGCUGACUUCGGUCAGCAGUUGUACGGUGUUUCCUCCGACACAUUGGUGCGACUGGCUUCCGGGUUAAGCGAGCAGUGUGUCAAGAAGCAGUACGGCUUGGCAGGGUCGUGUUUCGGAGGACGCAUGACUCUCGACCUUCGCCUCUCCCGAGUCCGUAUGGGAGUUGCAGAAAAAAUAAAACUAGUGCAUUAUGAAGUAGUGCACACAAAAUGUACUUUUUCGCUUCAAGGGAUACUUCUGGAUUUUUGGUAAUGAGGCCCUUUAUCUACUUCCCCAGAGUCAGAUUAACUUGUGGAUACCAUUUUUUAUGUCUGCGUGCGGUUUGAAGGAAAUUGUUAACUAGUGCUAGCGCAAUUGCUAACAAGCAUGUUAGCAGAUACCAAUAGACUUCCAUUAAUUGUGCUAAUGCUAGUUAGCAUUGGCUUGCGAAACUCUCUCUAACUUCCUUCAUACUGGACACAGAGACAUACAAAUGGUAUCCAUGAGUUCAUCUGACUCUUGGGAAGUAGAUAAAGGUCCUCAUUGCCAAAAUCCCAAAGUAUCCCUUUAAGUUUUCAUGUACCAAAUAAAAAUCAAAAGUUCAAUGUAUUUCCAUUUCUCACAAUAACUGUUGCGUUAAAUAGCAAAUGUGCAACUCUGGUCUUGUCACGUGUGCUAUAGCCAACAGCUAGCAGAUACAGUGUGGGUAGGCUGUGUGGGAAGGCUAGUCUACAUGAUGAGAUUAUUAUGGAUAAACGGCAGUCAAGCAUCGAUCAUCAUGUCACCAGAAUAAGACCCCAGAAAAAAAGUUUAACAAUAAAUAAAAAUACAUAAAUAAUAAGACCCUCGAUAUUUAUUGGAAAGGAGCGUCAAGCUCAUCAUCGUGCACUUUCACCCCCCUGUGAAGUUCAUCAUAACUUAUUUAAUCUUUAGCCUAAUAAACUGCAUGGUUUCCCGAGUCGUAGUGGGAGGACCACACACCUUAUCAUCGAGUGACUCCAAAUUUACUUCGAUAUGAUGGUUAUUAUAUCAAAAUGUGCGCAUAAAUGCAUUUCCACCGCCAUUUCCCGCAUAAUUAAUUUUACAGACACAAAAAGAUCUCACCAUGUCGAACUAACAAAUGAUCUGUCGACAUUUAUAAAAUCACACCGAAAUGUCCUGUUCACAUCACAGCUGUUGUGAUUUUUAAAAAAUACAAUUUGACUUUACUCGCAUAAAAACUGUGGAUUAAAAUGUGGUUGGACUCUGUCCCUUCUAUGACCAAAUUCUCUGUCCAUUCAGAGCUGUCACAGGUACACACAUCUCAUCACUGCCAGGGAACCUCUGUGACCAGUUACCCAACCUGAUACAGCUGUAAGUCCCUAUACUGGUUGACCAAAUAUCUCUUGAUACUAUAAUAUCUUGGUACUAUAAUAUCUCUUGGUUCUGUAUCUUAGAAAUGAAAUGUGUUAUCCUGAACAUCAUUUUAAAUAAACUAUAAUGAACACUGUACCUGCAGGGAUCUCUCCCAUAACCUGAUCCAGCAUCUUCCCAGCUUCCGUGGCUGCAGAAAGAUCCAGAAAAUGUGAGUGGCUUCGUUACCAUUAUUGUUAGUCCUCAACCCAGCCAUAAAUACAAUCCAGGUAACAGUUGCGAUGUGUGUCGUUGUAUUUAGUGACCUCCAUCAAAACCAUAUCCACGAGGUUCCAGCAGACACUUUCCUAGAGCUGACUGGACUCAGAACCCUGUGAGUAACCUGGGCCAUUUCCUCUUUACAUACAUGUAGAUAUUGGCGCCUGACUUUGUCUGAAAGUGGGGGUGCAAAAAAUUAUAUAUACAGUGCCUUUGGAAAGUAUUCAGACCCCUAGACUUUUUCCAGAUUUUGUUAGGUUACAGCCUUAUUCAAAAAUUGAUUAAAUUGUUUUUUUCCCCCCUCAUCAAUCUACACACAAUACCCCAUAAUGACAAAGCACAUUAUUAUUUUUUUUAUAGUUUUUUGCGAAUUUAUUUUCUUGGUUUGACACUACAAGCUUGGCACACCUGUAUUUGGGGAUUUCUCCCAUUCUUCUCUGCAGAUCCUCUCAAGCUCUGUCAGGUUUGAUGGGGAGUGUUGCUGCACAGCUAUUUUCAGGUCUCUCCAGAGAUGUUAGAUCAGGUUCAAGUCCGGGCUUUGCUUGGGCCACUCAAGGACAUUCAGAGACCUGCCGCUGAAAAACAUCCCCACACCAUGAUGCUGCCACCACCAUGCUUCACCGUAGGGAUGGUGCCAUGUUUCCUCCAGACGUUACGCUUGGCAUUCAGGCCAAAGAGUUCAAUCUUGGUUUCAUCAGACCAGAUAAUCUUGUUUCUCAUGGUCUGAGAGUCUUCAGGUGCCUUUUGACAAACUCCAAGCGGGCUGUCAUGUGCCUUUUACUGAGGAGUGGCUUCCGUCUGGUCACUCUACCAUAAAGGCCGGAUUGGUGGAGUGCUCCUGAGAUGGUUGUCCUUCUGGAAGGUUCUCCCAUCUCCACAGAGGAGCUCUGUCAGAGUGACCAUCGGGUUCUUGGUCACCUCCCUGACCAAGGCCCUUCUCCCCCGAUUGUUCAGUUUGGCCGGCCAGCCAGCUCUAGGAAGAGUCUUGGUGGUUCCAAACUUCUUCCAUUUAAGAAUGAUAGAGGCCACUGUGUUCUUGUCGAUCUUCAAUGCUGCAGAAAUGUUUUGGUACCCUUCCCCAGAUCUGUGCCUCGACACAAUCCUGUCUCGGAGCUCUACGGACAAUUCCUUCGACCUCAUGGCUUGGUUUUGCUCUGACAUGCACUGUCAACUGUGGGACCUUAUAUAGACAGGUGUGUGCCUUUCCAAAUCAUGUCCAAUCAAUUGAAUUUACCACAGGUGGACUCCAAUCAAGUUGUAUAAACAUCGCAAGGAUGAUCAAUGGAAACAGGAUGCACCUGAGCUCAAUUUCGAGUCUCAUAGCAAAGGGUCUGAAUACGUAUGUAAAUAAGGUAUUUCUGUUUUUUAUUUUUAAUACAUUUGCAAAAAUUUCUAAUAACCUGUUUUCACUUUGUCAUUAUGGGGUAUUGUGUGUAGAUUGCUGCUAUUUAUUUAAUCAAUUUUAGAAUAAGGCUGUAACGUAAGAAAAUGUGGAAAAAGUCAAGGGUUCUGAAUACUUUCCGAAGGCUCUGUAUAUACACUACAUGGCCAAAAGUAUGUGGACUCCCUUUCAAAUUAGUGGAUUCGGCCAUUUCAGCCACACUGUUGCUGACAGGUGUAUAUAGCACAUAGCCAUGCAAUCUCCUUAGACAGUAGAAUGUCCCGUACUGAAGAGCUCAGUGACUUUCAACGUGGCACCGUCAUAGGAUGCCAUCUUUCCAACAAGUCAGUUCGUCAAAUUUCUGCCCUGCUAGAGCUGCCCCGGUCAACUGUAAGUGCUGUUAUUGCUAAGUGGAAACAUCUAGGAGCAACAACGGCUCAGCUGAAGGGUUAGGCCACACAAGCUCACAGAACGGGACCGGCGAGUGCUGAAGCGCGUAGCGCGUAAAAAUCGUCUGUCCUCGGUUGCAACACUCACUACCGAGUUCCAAACUGCUUCUGGAAGCAACGUCAGCACAAAAACUGUUCGUCGGGAGAUUCAUGAAAUGGGUUUCCAUGGCAGACCAGCCACACACAAGCCUAAUAUCAGCAUGUGCAAUGCCAAGUGUCGGCUCGAGUGGUGUAAAGCUCGCCGCCAUUGGACUCUGGAGCAGUGGAAACGCGUUCUCUGGAGUGGUGCAGUGGUCUAAGGCACUGCAUCGCAGUGCUAGCUGUGCCACUAGAGAUCCUGGUUCGAAUCCAGGCUCUGUCGUAGCUGGCCGUGACCGGGAGACCCAUGGGGCGGCGCACAAUUGGCCCAGCGUCGUCCAGGGUAGGGGAGGGAAUGGCCGGCAGGGAUGUAGCUCAGUUGGUAGAGCAUGGCGUUUGCAACGCCAGGGUUGUGGGUUCGAUUCCCACGGGGGGCCAGUAUAAAAAAGAAUGUAUGCACUCACUAACUGUAAGUCGCUCUGGAGAAGAGCGUCUGCUAAAUGACUAAAAUGUAAAUGUGGUGAAUCACACUUCACCAUCUGGAAGUCCGACGGACAAAUCUGGGUUUGGUGGAUGCCAGGAGAACGCUACCUGCCCGAAUGCAUAGUGCCAACUGUAAAGUUUGGUGGAGGAGGAAUAAUGGUCUGGGGCUGUUUUUCAUUGUUCGGUACAGCACACAAUGACAUUCUAGACGAUUCUGUACUUCCAACUUUGUGGCAACAGUUUGGGGAAGGCCCUUUUUUGUUUCCGCAUGACAAUUCCCCCGUGCACAAAGCGAGAUCCAUACAGAAAUGGUUUGUCGUGGAAGAACUUGACUGGCCUCAACCCCAUCGAACACCUUUGGGAUGAAUUGGAACGCCGACUGCGAGCCAGGCCUAAUUUCCCAACAUCAGUGCCCGACCUCACUAAUGCUGUUAUGGAUGAAUGGAAGCAAGUCCCCGCAGCAAUGUUCCAACAUCUAGUGGAAAGCCUUCCCAGAAGAGUGGAGGCUGUUAUAGCAGUAAAGGGGGCACCAACUCCAUAUUAAUGUCCAUGAUUUUGGAAUGAGAUGUUCGACAAGCAGGUGUCCACAUACUUUUGGUCAUGUAGUGUAUGUUCACCUGCCCAUGGACUAAAGAUGUAAAUUAGCUGUCAGCUAAAUGUGGUGCAACAUAUCACUUCUCAUAUUCGGAGACUUAUGUUUUGUUGUACAUUGUCCCUGACAAAUAAACGUAAUAAAUAAUACAUAUUGCCUAUUCAGCUCAAGCUAAACAAUCCUGAACCACAGAUUUGACAUGCAGUACAAGUAAUGAUUGACUCUCAAAUCCACACAAAUGUUUAGCCUGGUUUGAUGGUUUACCAUGUGAACAGCAUCAAAACGUAUCAUGUAGGACCAUAAUGAAAGAUAGAAUGAAAUUAUGAGUCCAUUUUAAUGUGAGAUAUUCAUCGAACAAUGUACAGCCCAAACAGAAUGGCAUCUGGUGUAUACAUGAGGUGGUCCUGGAGGUCUUGUCAUGUUAUGUCAGUGUUAUCAUCAUGACUAAACCAGUUGGACAUUACAAGCAUCUAUGCCUAAUAUGAAUCCUAACGAAACCCACUCCUAUUCAUAUACCUUUUUUUCUACACUUGACAUUUCUGACAAUACAAUGUACAAAUUCUAGCUUGGCAUGGCAACAUGACAAUAAUGAAAGCCAGAAAGAAAUAAUUCAAGAGGCCUCUUUACUCUGUGAUAUUUCUUGCAUUUCCAUGACUGAACAAAAUGUGUUUUCUCAUGGCUCUCUUUUGUCCCUCUGCAGCAGACAUAUAGUAAGCAAAAUGUUUGUAACAUCAAAUCACAGUAUCGAAUCGCAAUACGUAUCGUAUCGGCACCUAAGUAUUGUGAUAUGGUAUCGUGAGGCCCCUGGCAAUUCCCCCGAAGAAUGUCAUGACUUUUUCCCCAUUACACAUUUUUUGAAAGAUUUACUCUAAAAGAUGGGCAUUGUUGUGUGUGUAUUCCCUCUAAACGUAAAGGAUAUUAAAGAUCAAAAGAACAGUGAGAACAGUCUUCUUCGAACAGGCUUUAAACAGCCAGAUGUCUAGAGCGCCAUGAGGGAUCGGAUAUCAUCUAUGCGUGACGUCUUCCUCCUGCUGGGGAGGUCGAAAGCCUUCUCCACAAGAUCCUGACUCUUGAUGCUGUUGUCCUCACUGUGCAGUCUGAGCAGGCUAGACAUUAGAGCCUCCACCUUGGAGCUGCUCCUCCAGUUAUCUGAGAGGUUGCUCUCCUUCUCUUCUUCUUCCUGAGGAAACUCCACCAGUUCAGUUGCCUUGAUCUGGCCUCUGCACAGAGGGCACCGCGCCUGCUCCUGCUCCUGCUCGGUACGUGUGACCUCUGCGGUACGUGUGACCUCUGCGGUACGUGUGCAGUGUAUGACGACGGGCAGACGGACAGUCCAGACACAGCCAGCACGCUCCUCAUCAGAGCCACUGCCCAGCACCAGCCUCAGCCUCUCUAUCAUAACUCUGCAGGAGUCACAGCUACCACACCUGUGUGUGUAGUUGUAUUGCCUAGAAGGUCCCCUCUGCAACGUACCUGCUGAUGGUGGUGCGUCCCAGCUCAUAUUCCUCCCUCUGUGUCAGCUCCACCUCUUCUAUACUGAUGCUCAUCUCCGGUAGAGCGACCAGAGGCCACCCACACACACGGCUGGUCUUCGUACGACGCAGCCUGAUACACUUCACCAAGGCCUGCAGCUUCUGAAGGCCGGUGCUGUCCCCCUGUGUGACAGGUCUCUGUAUGACUCUGUUCCACCACUCUCUCACGUCGAAUAACAUCAGACGUAGAAACGCCACCAGCAUCCACAGAUCCCUCAAAUGGAAAAAAACAAAGCACUAAGUAAGUGUUCAUGGAAAGGGAUGCAAAUAGCCUGGCUAGCCUAUAUUAAUCAUGGUAUCAUGUGAUGACAGAUGCUGACCUAUUAUAAUUAAUGGUAGUCUAGGCUUUAUGUGGCUAGUAGGCCUAUGUGCAGCUAUCUGUAACAUCAUUAUUCAUCCCCCCAAUGGGAAAUCAUAAUUUUCAUAUUAGAUUUUUGUUCAAUGUUGGCGCAAUUGCUGUAGCUACAUGUGCUUACCUCUAUGCAGCACAGGCUUCAAUGUGUGAGACUCAUUGUGUGCCCACAAACUGGCAUAGUCUCGCAGCCUGGUCUCAGACUAGAUGUAACAUAGACCAGGGCUUCUCAAACUCAGUGUUGGGGACCGCAAGGGGUGCAUGUUUUGGUUUUUGCCUUAACACUACACAGCUGAUUCAAACAAUGGACUCAUCAUCAAGCUUUGAUUAUUUUAAUCAGCUGUGUAAUGCUAGGGCAAAAACAAAACUGUGCACCCCUUGGGGUCCCCAGGACCGAGUUUGGGAAACACUGACAUAGACACUCAGACAUACAUUUGAAAGGCUGGUCAUGGCUCACAUCAACACCAUCAUCCCAGAAACCCUAGACCCACUCCAAGUUGCACACCGCCCAAACAGAUCCACAGAUGAUGCAAUCUCUAUUGCACUCCACACUGCCCUUUCCCACCUGGACAAGAGGAACACCUACGUGAGAAUUCUAUUCAUUGACUACAGCUCAGCAUUCAACACCAUAGUGCCCUCAAAGCUCAUCACUAAGCUAAGGAUUCUGGGACUAAACACCUCCCUCUGCAACUGGAUCCUGGACUUCCUGACGGGCCGCCCCCAGGUGGUAAGGGUAGGUAACAACACAUCUGCCACACUGAUCCUCAACACGGGGGCCCCUCAGGGGUGCGUGCUCAGUCCCCUCCUGUACUCCCUGUUCACCCAUGACUGCAUGGCCAGGCACGACUCCAACACCAUCAUUACGUUUUCCUGACGACACAACAGUAGUAGGCCUGAUCACCGACAACGAUGAGACAGCCUAUAGGGAGGAGGUCAGAGACCUGGCCGUGUGGUGCCAGGAUAACGACCUCUCCCUCAACGUGACCAAGACAAAGGACAUGAUUGUGGACUACAGGAAAAAAAAGAGGACUGAGCGCGCCCCCAUUUUCAUCGACGGGGCUGUAGUGGAAUAGGUUGAGAGCUUCAAGUUCCUUGGUGUCCACAUCACCAACGAACUAUCAUGGUCCAAACACACCAAGACAGUCGUGAAGAGGGCACGACAAAGCCUAUUCCCCCUCAGGAGACUGAAAAGAUUUGGCAUGGGUCCUCAGAUCCUCAAAAGAUUCUACAGCUGCACCAUCGAGAGCAUCCUGACUGGUUGCAUCACUGCCUGGUAUGGCAACUGUUCGGCCUCCGACCGCAAGGCACUACAGAGGGUAGUGUGUACGGCCCAGUACAUCACUGGGGCCAAGCUUCCUGCCAUCCAGGACCUCUAUACCAGGCGGUGUCAGAGGAAGGCCCUCAAAAUUGUCAAAGACUCCAGCCACCCUAGUCAUAGACUAUUCUCUCUGCUACCGCACGGCAAGCGGUACCGGAGUGCCAAGUCUAGGUCCAAAAGACUUCUCAACAGCUUCUACCCCCAAGCCAUAAGACUCCUGAACAGCUAAUCAUGGCUACCCGGACUAUUUGCAUUGCCCCCCCACCCCCACCCCAUCUUUUUACGCUGCUGCUACUCUGUUAAUUAUUUAUGCAUAGUCACUUUAACUCUACCCACAUGUACAAAUUACUUCAACUACCUCAACUAGCCGGUGCCCCCGCACAUUGACUCUGCACCGGUACCGCCCUGUAUAUAUAGCCUCCCUACUGUUAUUUUAUUUUACUUCUGCUCUUUUUUUCUCAACACUUUUUUGUUGUUGUUUUAUUUUACUUUUUUAUUAAAAAUAAAUGCACUGUUGGUUAAGGGCUGUAAGUAAGCAUUUCACUGUAAUGUCUGCACCUGUUGUAUUCGGCGCAUGUGGCCAAUACAAUUUGAUUUGAUUUGAUUUGAAAUACAGCAUCUUCUCUUUAUCAGUGUUUCUCAAUCCAUUCCAUCAGUGACCUCAGCUCCAACCUGCUGUCCUCCGUCCCUAUGGAAGGCUUUCAGGACCUCACACACCUCAGACUGGCCGGCAACACUGCCCUGAGACACACACUACCUGCCCAGAGACUACCUAAACUCAGGUAGGGGACAGAGAUAAUGAUUAAACUGGGCCCCUUUAAGACUCUUUCAACUCAAGGAAAGAGAGACAGCGUGUGAGUGAGUGAGUGAGUGAGUGUAGUAAGUCUUGUGGGGUUGUGUGCAGCUGUCUUACCAUAAGCUAUGCGUUGUUCUCAGGGUAGUGGAGAUGCCCUAUGCCUUCCAGUGCUGUGCCUUUGUAGCUGGCCCUGGAGAAAACUCAAAGUACCCCUACAUCUGGAAAACGAGGAACAUCAGUAAAGAUCUCGUCACUGGAAAGGAAAUACACAUCGUAGCCAACCAAGGAACAUACCUUAAAAAAAACAAUCCUUAAAAUCUGUUUUGUGUUUUGGUGUAUUAAGUGAAAAUAAUGAUGACUUACCAUUUGUUUAUAGAGGACGAUAGAGAGAACUUCCUCGUGGAGAGUGAGGCAGACACCAGACCCCAGCACUCUGUCCACUGUUCCCCAGCACCAGGUAGGUCUGCCUGCAUAAAAAUCGAAUGAUUGAUUGGUUGAACAGGUGUGUUAAUGUUAAGAUGGAACAAAAGCCUGCACACACUGUACCUCCAUAGGACCAUAGUGGAUGCCAUGCUCAUACAUACCUCAUUUGACACUGUCACAAAUCUAAUACUGGGGUUGUUGAUGGACAUCGGUUUGUCCCCAGGUCCGUUCCAGUCAUGUCAGAGUUUAUUUGGGAGCUGGCUGGUGCGAGUCGGUGUUUGGAUUAUCGGCAUCCUCUCCUUCGUGUCCAACUCCCUGGUCCUGGUAUCCAUCGUUCUCUCCUCAAAGUCCCCGACCUGUCCUACCCAGCAUCUACUGGGAGUCCUAACCUGGGUCCACCUCCUCAAUGGCGUCUCUAGCGCCGCCCUGGCUGUACUAGACACCAUUUCAUUUGACCACUUUGCUGAUUAUGGUGCGUGGUGGGAGGGUGGGCCAGGUUGCUGGAUCUUUGACUUUCUGUCAGUCUUCUCCUCAGAGGCCAGUGUCUUCCUGUUGAUGGCAGUUGUCUUAGAGCGUGGAUGUUCUGUCCGUGGCUCACAGUGGUCCGAGACUGAGGCCAGGAGGAUUCCAUUGGGGUGGGGGUGUGCUCAAGGUAUCUCAGCUCUAUGUUGCUUCCUGGCUGGAGCCAUUGCCGCCUUACCUCCCCUCACUAUGAACGAGUAUGGUGUCUCCCCUCUCUGUGUGGCCUCUCCCUACGGACACGCCUCCCGUUUGGGCUACAGCUACGCCACAGCCCUGGUGCUGCUCAACUCCCUGUGCUACCUCCUGAUGACAGCCACCUAUACCAGACUGUACUGCCACAUGGACAGAGACACACCAGAGAAAGAGGGUGUCACUGUCCAGGACUACUCUGUGACCAAACUUAUGGCCAGCCUCCUCUUCACCAACUGCCUCCUCUCUUUCCCCGUGGCGCUGCCCUCCUUCUCCUCCCUCCUCCAGCUCUCCGUCCUCUCCAGCCCUAAGGUGGCUAAGCCCAUCCUGCUCCUCGUGGCGCCCCUGCCCUCCUGUCUUGACCCCCUGCUCUACAUUCUCCUCAGCCCUCAUUUGAGGGAGGAUCUCAGCAGGCUUCUAUUGGACAACAUACAGGCUACAGCGCCGCACCAGUUUGUUCUCAGUGAACUCCGAAGACACGGAGAAACAGUCAUGUGACUCCAUGCAAGCCCUCGUCUCUCUCAAACUGUAGGUGGAAGAGGACACCUAACUGCUUGCUGGUACUAGUCCCCCUGCCCACUCCCAUGUGUAGUACACCUCUAACUCAGGUGGCAAGCAGUCACAUCAGCCCCAGUCUCAGGGGGAUCCACACUGAAACAGUGGAGAGGGUUCCGAUGACACCGUUG